GGAUUACGAGGUUCCUGGAUGCAGGGGAUACAGUAAAGGAGGUUGUAAAGUACAUAGCAGAUCAGGACAAAGCCAACACUCCUGUUUACGAUAUCGUCUUCGCUCUGGGUGCAACUGGCCAGUCUCGAUCCACCAUAUUUGAUCUGCAGAAAAGCUUCGUAGAAAAUGUUAUUAACUUCCCUUCAAAUGCUGACCGCAAUUACGGUCUCAUCCUGUAUGGUCCCUCUAGCAGCAUUAUAAGACGCCUUGAACAACCGAAAGAUGAUCAAGCAUUUCUACAAACAAUGAACAGGCUUACAUUGCCAAACUCUGAAAUUACGGACAUGAUGUCUGUUCUAAAUUUGGCUCCAGACCUCUUUCGAUCCAGGUCUUCUGAUUCCAACAAGAUCUUGGUGUUGUUCACGAACAGUCCGUUGCCACAGGACGUCAGUGCCUUAGCAACAGCAGCACGCGGCUUAAAUCGUCGUAAUAUUAAAGUGGUGGUGGUCAAUAUCGGGUUGCGAACCGAUCAUUCAAACUGGUUACCAGAUCCUACCUUUGUUAUCAAUGCAAAUCCGAGAAAUUCCGAUCAAAGAAGUACAACUCAUAGAAUUGGAAGUAUCGUUUACAGAGCGCCAUGUUAUGCGUCCACGUGUCGUUAUUUUGCUACAUGUAUCCCUCAUCCUGAUAGUUCAAUUACCUGCGAAUGCCCGACAUCUUGCCCGCACAUACCUGACGUUGGACAGGUCUGUGGUAGCAAUGGACGGACGUACGAAAAUCACUGCGCUUUAAGAAUCGAUGUUUGCCGCAAACAGAUUGAUGUAACCGUGAAGAAUACUGGACGUUGUGUGAUUCAAACUCCAGUGGACAUUGGUUUUCUUCUCGAUGGCUCUGGUAGUGUGGGCAAACAAGGUUUCCGUCGCGUCUUAAACUUCGUCAACCAAGUCGUGUCGGCCUUCAACAUUUCUCGUGAUACUGCCCAAGUUGGCGUAACUGAAUUCAGCAAUAGUCCUGUCAUUCAAAUCCAACUAAACGAUUUUCAGAACUCCAAGUUGCUUCAAGACAGAAUUACCAACAUCGAGGACUCUGGUGGACGGACAAGAACUGAUACCGCCCUGAGGAUUAUGUCUCAGGAAUUCUUCAGCCAUGACAAAGGAUCCCGAGCAGGGGUACCAAAGGUCCUUGUUGUUGUAACUGACGGAAAGUCGACAGGAAGUGAGCCGCUCUCUGAGGCUGUUAAAGGAUUGCGUCGAAAGGGUGUGAUUGUAUAUUCAGUCGGUAUAGGAAAGCACAUUAACAUGGAAGAACUGAAGGAUAUCAGUAGAACGGAAGAAGAUGUUUUUAGGUCGAAAGAUUUUGACUCGACUGGCUUGCUUGCUCCUGUAUUGGUUGAAAAGAUUGCCAGUGAUCUUACAGAUCUUUCAACAUCUAACAUGGACGUAAUAUUCGCCAUGGGAGCUUACGGAUCUACAGCAAACAUUGCGUUCAACCAAGAAAAAGCUAUCAUGAGCGCCAUAGUUGAUAAGCAAGGUUCUUCAAAAGUGAAAUAUGGUCUCAUACAGUAUGGUAUCGACUCAGCUGAAACACUGAAACGUUUAUCACAGUUCACGAGUAAUUUGGACUUCAAAAGAUUUGUUGCGGCUAGUGAACUCAAAACUCGUGGUAGGGCAUUAAUAUCGGCUAUGGAUAAAGCUAGUGAGGAGUUCUUAUUAAGCAGUGCAAGACGGAAGGUUCUGGUCGUGUUUGCGAAUAGUUUGCCGUUUGCGUCCUUCAAUGAUUUGGUGACUGCAUCAAGAUACCUUCGCUCUCAAGGUGUCAAAGUUUUGGUGGUCUACUCAGGAAACAGUGGAGAUCGUACGAGAUUGCAACAGAUUGUGUCGAAUACUAACGAUGUAUUUCCUUGGAGCUUUGGGACAAGUAGUAGUCUCACUGGAAGCAAGAUAGCACUGCAGUUGUUCAAAGAUCCUUGUCAUUCAGUCAAAUGUCAGUUCAACGCAGUAUGUGUUAAUCAGCCUGACGACACUGUACUGUGUGAAUGUAUGGAGAAAGCGAUAAUGGAAUACGCUCCAGUCUGCGCUAGCAAUGGUCAAACUUAUACGGACCUUGCCUCUCUUCAAUUUGCCUCGUGUCGACUUCGCAGACAACUCACAGUGAAACACGAUAAAGCUUGCGAAACAAGACCAAUCUUCGAUCUUCUCUUUAUUCUUGAUGGAUCAUCAAGCCCUGCACAACAACAAUUCAAAGCCUACAAGAUGUUUAUCAAAUCCAUCAUCGAUUCUUUGGACAUUGAUGAAACUUCAACCCGUGUCAGCCUUGUCGAGUAUAGCGACAGAGCAACUCUAAUAUUCCCAUUAAAUAGAUACUAUGAUCAAGGUGAACUUAAAGAUGCCGUUGAUAACGUUCAGGCGUCAGGUGGUGAAGGAGCCGUCACCGACCAAGCUCUACAACUCGCAGUUGACCAAGUAUUUACCCGCAGCGGUGGAGAUCGGCCUGCAGUCCCAAAUGCAGUCAUUUUGGUCACCGAUAGCAAGUCGACUGGAGAUGUUUCUCUAUCAGAAAGAGCCAAACGGUUAAGGGAAACUGGAACAGAUAUCUAUGUUGUGUCAGUUGGAUCGGCUACAGACAAUCAAGAGCUUCAAAAUAUGACCAUGGGCGCAAAUAGAUUCUACGUCGUCAAAAAUGUUUACGAACUGAUUCGGCUGCCAACACGUUUGGUGAGGAAUAUUAUUGGAAAUGCUCAGCGAGGUCCUUUAGAAAAAGAUGUCGACAUUGUGUUUGCUCUUGGUGCAAACAAUCCUAAUGGUGCGCGCGUAUUUGAACAAGAGAAAACACUGACCAAUUAUCUGAUCAGUCAACAAAAAGCCAUCCCAUCCAGAUAUGGUGUUAUCACAUAUUCUAAUAUCUCCACCAUACGGAUUCCGAUUCAAACGUCUUCCGAUAUUUUCAAACUUCAAGAUCAAAUCCGAAACCUGAAAUGGCCAGGAGUUGGUUCAGGUGUUGAUACAGCUUUACGCCAAGCAAACGCCGUAUUCAAGAACUCCAGACCCGCUUCCCGUAAAGUACUUGUGAUUUUCAUGAGCGGUAUGGCUUCCGCUCCAUCGUUAACACUUCGUGAAGCGGUAAGGCCUUUACUAAAUCAAGGAGUGCGGGUGGUGCUGGUUGGUUUUGGUGAUCAGCUGGACGACGGUCAACUACGAGGAAUAUCCGAAAAUACGAAGAAUGUAAUUAAACCAAGUGGUGAUCAAAAUGAUGAUAGUUACAAGAUUUCAACAGCUGUGUUUAAAGAUCCAUGUUCUGUAGUAAAUUGUCUCUACGAAGCUGUCUGUAGAGUGAACACUGAUGAUUUGGUAUCUUGUGAAUGCCCCGAUGUCCACCAUUGUCCAUCAACCAAGAGCACGAUCUGUGCAAGCGAUGGAAAGUCGUACAUCAACGAAUGUUAUCUAAAAGCAGAAAUCUGUCGAACCCAGAAGGUCUUGAAGGUUGUCAAUGGCGGACGGUGCGGUCUAGUGCAACCAUUAGAUCUCGCAUUUGCGUUCGAUGGAUCAGACAGCUUGACGGAAGAAGAGUUUGAAAGCCUGAAAUUGUUUGCAACAUCAGUUGUGGAGUCGUACAAUAUUUCUCCUCUCGAAACACGUGUGGCUGUUUUGGAGUAUAGCAACACACCACGAAUGAUCUCCAAACUCAGUGAUGGCACAUCUCUCACUCAAGUCGUACAGACCAUAAGAAACAUUGCCCCAUCACGUGGGACAGGCAGUGUCACGAGCGAGGCAUUAGACAAAGCCGUGAGAAACGUGUUUGUUCCACAAUCCGGGAGCCGAACAGGUGUACCUAAAGCAUUAAUUCUUAUUACCCACAGCAAGUCGUCAAGCUCAGUUCCAGUUUCUCAAGCAGUACAACGUCUGAGAGCGGCUGGUGUUCGUGUUUAUGUGGUGGGUAUCGGUUUACAGGUUGAUAUGCAAGAGAUGAAGAGUAUUGCAGCAGGAGAGAGUACUAUUUAUCCCGCACGAAGACCAGACGAGGUUCCUGGAAUGGCGAACGAUGUAGUCAGAAAUAUUAAUCAGGAUAUCAGAAGAAGGAGUGAUGAAAGUCAAAUGGACAUAGCUUUUAUCGUUGGUGCCAGUGAACCUGGAGCCAGGCAAUUAUUUCAAUUCCAACUGGAUAUUGUAAAAGCUUUGAUAGAUCGUGAGACACCAGUAACAACCCGCUAUGGCUUAAUUACUUACGGAAGCCGAGUCAACGCGCGAAUGUCUUUCGGUGAUUUCCAAGAAAAAUCCAGAAUGAAGCAAGUUAUAGAUUUGAUACGAUGGACGAAGAAUGGCGUUGCCCUGGACGAUGCUCUUGAGAGAGCUCAAAAUAUUUUCCAGGAAUCGUCUCCGUUACAUUCUAGAAAACUUCUGGUUGUUUUCAUUACGUCACGAACUGGUGUAUCCGUUUCGGAGUUGGAAAAUAAAUCAAGGAAACUUCGUGAAAGCGGCGUCAACAUUCUUGUAGUACCAAUUGGUAACAAUGUUAAUGAUGGUGAGAUAUCUGGGAUCUCCACGCGACGUGAUUACGUGAUUCGUGUAUCUCCCGCGGGUGGCACGCAGCCUGUAGUUGACAAGACGGAAGAAAUUAUUGCGACUGAUCCAUGUAGUGCAGUGGACUGCGAUUACUAUGGUAUAUGUAUUGCUGAUGACCAACAAGCCACCAGCUGUGUCUGCAAAGAGACGUAUCCUGAUUCAUAUCAACCAGUCUGCGGCUCUGAUCUCAAGACAUACAGUAAUCUGGAGGCAAUGCAAGUUGCCUCUUGUAAAUCAAGAGUGAAGAUUACCCAAAGAUCUGCUGGAAGAUGCAAUUACCGUAAGCUGAGGGUUACUGACUUGGCGUUUGCUCUGGAUGGUUCUCGCAAGUUGUCUGUGCAAGAAUUCAACCGGUUGAAGUCAUUCGUAAAGACCAUAAUUCAAAAUUACGAGAUUUCCGAGCAUGGAACUCAUGUUGCCGUGAUAGAAUACAGUAAAGAUGCCAGAGUCGUGAUUUCAUUCAAAGAUACCACAGAUAUCGAUAGCUUUAAACGAGCCAUUGAUCGCGUGAGGCCUUCCCAAGAUACUCCCGCAUCUGUGAAUGAAGCUUUGAAGUUGGCACAAGAAGAAUUGUUCAGCCCAAUCGGCGGAGGACGUCCAGGAAUAGCGAAGGUUCUGGUGGUUUUGACAACGGAUGGAGAAGACGACCCACUGACUGGAGAGACCGCACUUCGCUUACGACAAGAUGGGGUUAAGGUGUUUGUGGUUGGUCUUGGAAGGGACCUGGAUCAGAAUACGUUAAGAAACAUCUCUGGUAAUAGCAAUCAAGUCUACAUCGUCCCUAAUAUUCAAGGAUUAUCAACUGUUAUUCAUGAUGUGAUAACUGAUAUCGCAAAUGGCGAGAAAGACACAGAUAGCAAACUGGACAUUCUCUUUGGUCUUGGUGCAACAGGAAGAGAUGGAAAAGUUAUUUUUGAUUUCGAAAAACAAAUUGUAAAAUACAUCAUUGGCCUACCAAAAGCUGCCAAGACUCGAUACUCGCUGAUAGAUUAUCACAACAGUUCAAGAGUAUUGGUUAACUUUGAUGAUUUCAGAGAUGAAAACAAGCUGAAGAGCCAAAUAGGCCUCAUCACCUGGCAAAGAGAUGGAAACGAUUUUGCAAAUUUACUUAUCAAGGCUAAAGAAGUUUUCGAAAUGACGAAAGAAUCCAGGAAGAUUUUCAUGAUCUUCAUAAACGAUCAAUUAAAUACUGAUCUGAAUGUGAUAAGGAAUUCUGUACGAAUGUUGAACUCCCGUGGUGUUAAGGUGAUUGUUGUCCGUAUUGGGGAAAGAACGAAUAAUCAAGAAAUAUCUGCAAUAACAUCAUCGGCGGUCGUAAGUGCUCCGACAUUGGAUGACGUAGCAAGAAUCGGGGAUUUGGCUGGGACGGCGACACUAAAAGAUCCAUGUGCUGCAGUGAAGUGUGCUCAUCAUGGUCGUUGCGUCGCUGAAGCAGAUGAUUCGUACAAGUGUGAAUGUCAGGACACAAACUCCUGUCAACAAGAUCAACAUCCUGUUUGUGCCACAAAUGGAAAGACGUACAUCAAUGAAUGCUUCAUGAAAGUCUUCUCGUGUAUAAACAAAGUUACAGUUAAUGUUAAUCAUCAAGGAGUUUGUGAGUCAAAAAAUGUCGCGGAUAUUGCUUUUGUGGUAGAAGGAUCGAAAAAUAUCAGUCCAAAACAAUUCGAUGAGUUUAAGAAGUUUAUAAAAUCCGCAGUUGGUAAAUUCCGAAUCUCUGAAUCAGCGAACCGUGUGGCAGUUGUUGAAUAUAGUGAUGUUCCUACGAUUGCAAUCUCGUUAGCUGAUAACACGAAUUCUGACCGCCUGAAGAAAGCAGUUGAUCGGAUACAACCCUCACGCGGGGAAAAUGUUGCAACAGACAAGGCACUGAGAUUUGUAGGAACUGACGUGUAUACUUCAGAGCGAGGAUCUAGAGUUGGGGUACAAAAGAUUGUUGUAGUUCUCACGGGCAGCAAGUCCACAGGGAGUGAGGCAUUGAAGAUUGCUGCUCAGCCACUGGUGGAUCGCGGUGCAAAGGUUUAUGUUAUUCAUGUUGGAAAGAGUGAAAAUCCUGAAUUGAAAAAUGUCACCACCGAGGGUGAAAGUGGAGUUGUAACUGUUCCAGAUAGAGAUCCACUCACAACACUUGGUGGGAAUAUUGCAACAAGGAUAGCCUCUGAUGUUGAGAAAGGUAACAGAGAGAAUCUAUUGGACAUGGUAUUUGUGAUUGGUUCCAGUGGAGCCAAUGCUCGCAGCGUAUUUUCGCAGCAAAGAGAACUCGUGAAAUCUUUGAUUGACAAAGCUAAGCAUAUGAACGCAGCAUUUGGAGUUGUACAGUACGGCAAUACCGGUCAAAGGUCCAUUGGUAUCAAUCCAAAAUCCUCCAGAGAAGACCUUUGGCAGUCUAUUGACAACCUUCAACCAUUAGGCGAAGGAACUCGUCCUGAUGAGGGUCUAAAGCAAGCAAUUGCCAUGUUUAAUGAAGAAGGAAGAGCAGGUGCUCGUCGUGUGUUAAUAUUAUCCGGAAAUAGUCCAAUGGCGGUCAACAAUGCUGAACUUACAAGAAUUGCCCAGUCUUUGGCCAGAGAGAAUAUUGAGGUAUUCAUGGUGGGAUAUGGGUCACAAGUUGACCAAGAACAAGUGAAUUUGAUUGUCCCAAAUGCAGGCAACGUGCAUACCGUGCAGCCCGGAGAAACGGUCGAAAAUACAGCUGACACCGUUGGCGAAAAACCUCUCACAGAUCCAUGUGCUAAUACAAGAUGUGAAUAUGGCUCUAAGUGUCGUGUCUCAGGGGAUCGUUCUGUCUCCUGUGUAUGUCCAUCUUGUCCGACGCCUUCUGAAGAUGAUGUGGUAUGUGGUGAUGAUGGUGUUUCGUAUGCUGAUAUUUGUACAAUGAAGGCACGCUCAUGCACAGAUAAGAAGAAGAUAAAGAUGGCAUACACUGGACCGUGCGCACCUUUCGAGCUGGUUUUCGCUCUGGAUGGUUCCGACAGCUUAACAAGAUUGGAGUUGAACACUGCUAUGAUGUUUAUUAAAUCUAUCGUCGAAUCUCUGCCAAUUUCAAGCCGCGAAGUUCAAGGUGGAAUGAUAGAAUAUAGCGAUAAACCUAAACUUGAAAUUACUCUGAAUGAAAGAAACAACAAACCUUCAUUAACGUACAGUGUUUUACGCGUCAACCCUUCUCGUGGCAGUAAAGCCUCGAUACCUGAGAUGAUUGGGCUUGCUACACAACAAGCAUUCAGUCAGGAGUCCGGUGCUAGGCCAGGAGUACCAAAAUACCUUCUUAUCAUAACCGAUGAUGACGUCUCUUCAACUAAAGAACUUCAAGAUGCCGUGAGGGAGGCUGAGAAAGCUGGUGUACAUAUUUACAUUGUUGAUAUCGGAGAUAAAAUUAACAUUGAAGGAUUGAAGCUGCUUGUCCCAGUCGCUAAGAAUAGAUACGCUGUGGAUGACGUACCUUCUCUGAACGGUAUUGUCAAGGAUCUUGUGAAAAACAUCCUGAAAGACGUAGCUGAACGUAAACGACCCCUUGAGAUUGUAUUUACCAUGGGAUCCUCCAAUCCAAAUGGACAAACUAUUUUCAACUGGCAAAAAAAUGUCGUCAAAGAAACCGUCAAACGUUAUACUCCAGCAUCCACUUCUGUUCCACCCAGUUCCUCUGGUGUGAGACCUUUCCAGAGUAUUGUCUAUGGUAUUGCACUUUACGGAGCCGAGACUGUUCCUUUUGUUAACAUUAGAGAAAUACCAGAUGCGAGGAGCUUUUCAACGUUUGUAGAUAACUUAAGAUGGCCAGGAGAUGAUACAUCAUUUGAAGAGGGUUUACAGCAAGCGGAGGAACUAUUUGAAAAUUCCCCUAACAAAAAUCCACGCAGGGUAUUGGUGUUGUUUGCGAACGACAGAGCAGAGGUUGAACCAUCCAGACUAAAGGCAUUAGCUGAACGAUUAAUGGUGAAAGGAAUAGAACUUCGUGUUAUCUCUGUUGGUGGUCGUGUUGAUGAUGGCCAGAUAAACGUCUUGACUGGUGGUUCAAGAGAUGUUGUUGUUGAGACCUCACAUACCGAAGAACCGACGGAUGUCGCCGAACGUGUUCGUAGCAUAGCAGAUAAAGAUCUCUGUGAGGCGAAGGAGUGCAGAUAUAACGGUCUAUGCCAAGUUGUAUCUGGAAACAGCACAACUUGUGUCUGCCAACAAGAACGAUCUACGGUAUUUGAACCAGUAUGUGGAACUGAUGGACGUACUUAUAGCAAUGAAGAUGAAAUGAAGUUUGUCAAUUGUCAUAACAUGAAAACCACUGAGAUUAAACAUCAUGGAGCUUGUGUAUCAUCUCCGUAUCCACAACCCAAGAACCCCCUUGACCUUGCAUUUGUCCUGGAUGGUUCAGACAGUCUGACCAGAGAACAAUUUGAAAGCAUAAAGAAACUCGUGUCUGAUACUUUGAAUCGUUACACCAUAUCACCAAAGGAAACACAAGUCGCCGUCGUAGAAUACAGUGAUACGCCAACUAUCGUCGUGUCUUUGAAUGAUUUUAAAGAUCGGGAUACUUUACAAGAAGCUAUAGAUGCCAUUCGACUUUCUCGCGGUGGGGAUACUGCUACAGAUGACGCAUUGAAGUUAGCUGCUGAUCAAGUCUUCUCGCCAGAACGUGGAUCACGUCCUGGUUUUCCGAAAGCUCUAAUCUUGAUUACCGAUGGUAAAUCGACCGGUCUCGAAACGCUCCGUGAAGCAGCGGAACCGCUACGAAAGAAAGGCGUUCCUGUCUACGUCGUAACCAUCGGAGACGGUUAUGAUGAUAACGAAAUACAGGAACUCGUACCAAGUUCUGAUCACGUGGUUUCUGUUAAUCGUCCAGAAGAGGUGGAAGAUCUCGCGCCAAAAAUUACCGACACUAUUGACAGAAAUAUCGAAAAGAGAAAGUCGUCUCACGUUGUUGACAUGAUCUUCGUGAUGGGUUCCUCCGAUCCAAAUGGCCGUCUUAUCUUUGCGAAACAGAAAGAAAUAUCGAAAUCCAUUGUGAAUCUUCCUAAUACUGCUGAUCAACGUUACGGUGUUGUACAAUAUGACAAUUAUCCGUCAGUACCAGUUCGCUUGGGUUACAUUCGAGACAAGGACGCCUUGGAAGGAGCUAUAGAUAGUAUCACGUGGAGACGAAAUGGAACGGCAUUCCUGCAUGCAAUACGAAAAGCUGCUGAUCAAUUUAAGAAGGAAGGGCGUCUGGGUGCAGAUUCUGUUCUAGUGUUGUUUAGCGACGGUAAACAAAAGGCAACGAACCAAGAAUUAUCAGAGAUUGGUGCAAUGUUACGUAAGCAAGGAAUUAUGAUCAAAAUUGUGACCACUGGAGAAGAAACGGAUACCUUGAGACCCCUAGCGCCCGGAAGCAACAGUAUUGUGACUGUCAAUACAACAGAUCCUAUUUCGGGUGUCGUAAUUGGUAAGAUUACUGGAGAUAUACUAUCAGAUGUCUGUGCGAGCACAAACUGUGAAUUCGGCGCAAGGUGUAUGAAGCAACCUGACGGUAGUGGCAAAUGUGAUUGCAUUGAAUCAUGUUUCCAAGACCGCUAUCAACCAGUGUGUGGAUCAGAUGGUAAAACAUACAGUAAUGAAUGUGAAAUGAAUUUGAAAACAUGUCGAGAGAAACUGGAAGUGACUAUUAAACAUUCUGGCCAAUGCAUCCCAACGGUCGGCACAAACUUGGUGAUCGCUUUGGAUGGCUCACGGGAUGUCAAUGCAAAAGACUUUGCAAAGAUGAAAGAGUCUGUAAAAGAUAUAGUCAACUCACUUGUGGUAUCUCCCAAAGAUAGUCGUGUCGGUGUGAUGGAGUAUAGUGAUCUAGUGAACAUUGUUUUCCCUCUUAAAAAAUAUGAAAACAACAAAGAAGUCGUGAAUGCGAUCGAUGAUAUUCAACCCUCACUUGGAAAUGGCCGAGUAUUAGAUGAGGUACUAAAGUCAGGGGCGAUGGAAAUGUUUACAGUGAAGAAUGGUGCUCGUCCUGGACAACCAAACGUAUUUAUUCUGUUCACAAAUGGAAAAUCUACUGGCGUCCAACCACUACAUCCAGCCGUAAAACAGCUGCAAGAACUAGGUGUGACGACCUACGUCAUUGGUACUAGUGAUGAGGUCGACCGUGAUGAAUUGACUGCUGUUGCUCCUGGAAACGACGAUGGCGUAUUUGUAGUUAAUGACGCUAGUGGUAUUUUCAGAGUGGUUCCAAAGGUUAUCAUAGAAAUGUUGAAUCGUGAUCGAAAAGCUAAUAAUUCUAUUGAUGUCGUCUUCGCCUUCGGUGCGUCCGGACCCACAGGACAAUCUCUUUUAACGCUGCAAAAAGAAAUCGCUGAGAACAUGAUGAAGCAAUUGGAACUACUGGAUGUGAAGUACGGAGUCCUUGAGUAUGACCAGGAUGCCAGGGUGUUGUCAGAACUUGGUAUAGAUUCAACGCAAGUUAAAGAUGUGCUAGAAAGAAUGUCAUGGAGAGGCGAUGCAACCGGGUUGUCAAAUGUUCUCAAAGAAGCCUUCGUCAGUUUUGAUGAAGGAUCACGUGAGGGUGUUCGCAAACGACUGAUCCUCUUUGUUACAACCAAAUCAAACUCACAACCACAAGAUAUUCAAGAUGCUGUUAAGAGCCUGACUGAUGCUGGUGUUGACGUCACUGUAGUUGCUAUUGGUAACAAUGUUAUAAACGCCAUACCAGAAUUAGAAACUGUGACGCACAGGGAUAAGAUUCUGGUUGUUGAUCCAAGUGACUCACCCGAGAAGUCUGUUCCAAGUAUAACCGAAAAAAUCAUAAAAGAUCCUUGUAACACUCUCAAGUGCUCGUUCUACUCAAGCUGUGUUCUUACAUCCGCUGACACUGCCACAUGCCGCUGUUCCUCUCCAUCAUCUUCCACCACGCCAAACCUCAAUGAUCGUUACACUCUGUGUGGUAGCGAUGGAAAACUGUAUGUGAACAAAGAGGAAAUGCAGUACGAAUCAUGUCGGAAACAAAAACAAAUCACAGUGCAAGAAUUUAAGAAUUGUGAUCGGAGUCCAGAUUUGUUGCCUGUGGAUCUCGCGUUUGCGGUGGAUGGAUCAGACAGUAUGACAACAUCUGAUUUCAAUAAGAUUCGCCAGUUUAUCAAAAACACUAUAAAUCAGUUUCCAGUUUCAGCAAAUGACGUCCACGUAGCGUUGCUAGAGUAUAGCGACAGGAUUGAUCUUAAAUUCGGAUUUUUGUCUCACACGAGUAAACCUGAGUUAUUGAGAGCUGUAGACAGAGUGACACCAUCCGGCGGGCGUGGUAUUCUUACCGAUCAAGUUCUAGCAGAAGCUAACCAGUUAUUUUCACCUGAAGCUGGAUCUCGUCCAGGUGUUCCAAAAAUAUUAGUGGUUAUAACUGACGAUGAAUCAUCUGGGACCCGGCCUUUGAGUCGCGUUGCUGAGCCUCUGAAGGAAGCUGGAGUGGAGGUAAUAGUGGUCGGUAUGGGAUCCAGGGUAAACCCCGGCCAGUGGAGAGGCGUGGUGCCGUCUGAGGGUAACGUGAUCAAAGUGGAUGGACCGGGUCGAAUUGGUGGUGUUGUUGAUGAUAUUGGAAAGAAAAUAAAACGUGUUGCUGAGUCUAAAAUCAUCGUCGAAAAAGAAGUUAUAUUUGUUAUUGGAUCAAGUACCGCUCAAAUAUUUGAUAAGUCCUUACAAAUUGUCAAUAAGAUUAUCGACAAGGAGAGUUUGCCACGAGUGCGUUAUGGAGUGGUGUUAUUUGACGAAGACGCUUACACAGUUGUCAGUCUGGAUGAGUUCCCCAACAAAUCAACCUUAAUGGGAUUCGUUUCUCAGAUUACGAGACCGCAAGCUGGAAGAAAUUACGAGAAGGGAAUACUCAGGGCCUCAGAAAUGUUCAUUGAGCAAGGGAAACCUAAUGCUGAACGUACUAUAAUGCUUCUCACCGAUAGUAGAUCUAAUGCCAGCCCGAAGGAGAUGGAAGAUAUUAAAAAUCAACUGUUGAGGACGAGGACUAGAUUGAUAGCGGUGGAUAUUGAUGGUGUUGGAGGUAAUCUAAGGAACGUUGCACCAAUGUCAAGACAUUUCCGUGUGUCCGAGAGUAAUCCUGAUCUAAAAAUUAGUGACGAUGUCACCAACGUUUUUGUUAAAGAUCCCUGUUUCUUGGAAAAGUGUGACUUCUUUGGUGCAUGUUUGGCAAACCCUGAUGGAACAACUCAAUGUACAUGCCAAAAAGAAUGUACGACAACUCAGAAGUCUGGUUUUGUCUGUGGAAGUGAUAAUAAAAUCUACGAGAAUGAAUGUGCGCUCAGGAAAUACGUCUGUGCGAAGAAGUUAAAUGUGACUAUAAAAAACCACGGAGUUUGCUUGUAUGAAAAAAUCGCUGAUGUCUUAGUUCUUUUGGAUGGAUCUGCAAGUGUUAAAGAACAUGAUUUCAAACAAGUCAAAGAUUUUGUUAAAACUUUGGUGGACUCCUACGAGAUCUCUGAGAAUGGCAUUCGUUUCUCAGUGAUUGAAUAUAGUGAUGAAGCAAAAGUUGUUAUUCCACUCAACCGAUUUUACAAUGCCGUGCAACUGAAAGACGCAAUUGAUCAAAUCCAGGCCUCUGGUGGAACAUCACAGAUUGGCAAUGCACUGGAAGCAGCUCGACGAGAAGGAUUUAGUUUGGAGAACGGAGCAAGACCUGGAGCUCCUAAGACAAUCAUUCUUAUAACUGAUGGAAGAUCAACUGGAGAAACAUCCGUUGAAGAUGCCGUGUUACCUUUAAGACAGAGUGGUAUUGUGGUUCAUGUUGUUUCCAUUGGCAACGAGGCCAAAGAUCCCCAGGUGACGUCAGCAGCUACCAGGGAUGAUUACGUACAUCCGAUUGACAAACCUGAUGACAUCACUUCCAUUGUUCCUGGCCUUGUUCAGAAGAUAAACGAGAACUUGGAUAAAGCAAAACACCAACAAACUGAUAUGAUUUUCGCUUUUGGUUCUGACGGCUCUUAUUCGAUAUUUAACGUUCAAAAGAAGAUUGCAAAGGAAAUAAUCGACUCCCACCAGGACAAAGAUGUUAAGUAUAGUGUCAUUAAGUACGGACGGAUUGCUCAGAUUGUUUUACCUUUCAGAGAUGUGAGUAGUACAUCAAUGCUGAAACAAUUCAUUCACAUUAUGCCCUGGGAGAGCGCUGGUUUAGCUGUGGAUGAUGCAAUCAAGAAAACCCUUGAGAAUUUCGAGAAAAAUGGUCGCCGCCAAGCACGGCGAGUUUUGGUGUUAUUUGUGAGUGGAAGAGCAGAAACGGAUGAGCGACAAUCAAACGAACUCAAGAAAUCUCUUGCUGAAGCCGGUGUUAAUACUGUUGUGAUUGCUUUGAAUGUUAAUAACGAAGAAAACAUAAAGCGUAUUAUCCCUGCGGGUAAAUCUAUUGUCACUACUGAUCCUGAUGCAAACACGAAGGACGUUCUUCCUAAUGUAAUCAGCGGUAUAACCCAAGAUCCUUGCAGCUCCGCCGAUUGUCAUACGCUUGCAAAGUGUGUUUAUAAAGCAUCAGGAGAACCAAUGUGUGAAUGUCCCAAAGAAUCUUCGUGUCCCGAAACGAAGUACACUGUCUGUGGUUCUGACGACAAGUCGUACAAAAAUCCAUGUGUGAUGAAAGCAAUUGCUUGCAAGGAGAAAAAAGACAUUCAAGUAAAGCAGUUUGGGCCUUGUGAACCUAUCGUGGCAUUGGACAUCAUAUAUGCCUUAGACGGCUCCGUUGGUAUACGCGAGAAAGAUUUUGAAAAGAUGAAGGACUUCGUUAAGCACAGUGCAAGAGAAUACCCAAUUUCUGAAAAGGGUCCACAUAUUGGAGUGAUUGAAUUCAGUGAUAGAGCAGACUUGAAAAUUAAACUAUCGGAUCACAAUGAUGUUAGCUCUUUCAUCGAUGAAUUAUCUAGUAUUAAGCAAUCUUCUGGUCAGAAUACAGUAACGGAUGAAGUGCUACGAAUGGCAGCCAGCGAAGCAUUUAAGUCCACGUCGGGUGGUCGACCGACGGCGCAUAAAAGAUUGGUGAUUCUUACCGGAAGUAAAUCCACCGGGUCAGAACCACUUCAAGAAGCAGUCAUACCGGUUAUCACUAAUGGUAUUCAAGUUUAUGUUGUUGCUGUGGGUAGCGGAGUUGAUCAAAAAGAGUUGGAAGGCAUCGUGGGGCCGAAAGAUGAUCGGUUGUUCAAUAUUCCUGGUGCGAAUCAAUUGGGUCCAUUGGUAAAGAGAAUUAAAGACAAGCUAACGAACGAAGCUACACGAGCUGAACGAGAUAGCAAGUUGGACAUUGUUUUUGUUCUUGGCGCACGCAACCCACGAGCAUCUCUUGACUAUGACACGAUGAAAAAGUUCACACAAGAAAUUCUUAAGCAACCAAGACCAGACAACACCCGAUAUGGCUUCGUGACUUAUGAUGAUAACGCACAAACGAGACUCACCUUAGAUGUACCUAAGCAAAUCUUGAAGCAACUUCUAGACAUCAUCCCCUGGCUGGGAGAAGGCACGAGGAUAGAUAAGGGAGUCGAAAUGGGAAUGAAGAUAUUUAACCAACCAAGUCGUCCUGACGCUGAAAAAGUCCUUGUUGUGUUCACAAACGAUAAGACAAGCUCGUCAAAUCAAGCUCUGGAUGACGUAAGAAGAAAAGCCGACGAAGUAGGAAUCAAGAUAGUUCUUAUCGCGUUGGGAUCACGUGUUGAUCCUACGCAGAUUAGAAGAUUGGUUCCAAAUAAUGAAGAUGUCAUACUUGUUGAUGUCAUUGGAGACGACGAUGAAAUCAAACGUAAAGUUAAGGAAACGGCUGACACGAUUACGGAAGCAUCAAAGAAAGUACCAUCACCCUGUGAGAAACUAGAUUGCCAUGUUUAUGCUCGCUGCGUAAACGGACGGACUGUUACCUGUCAGUGCCCUCCAAAAUCUGAAUGUGCAAGCACUUCUGAGUCGAUAUGUGGCAGUGAUGGAAAGAAAUACGACAGCAUUUGCAUCAUGCAAGCAGACAGCUGCGAGAGGCGUAUCAUUGUUACUAUGGCUCAACCUGGAAUAUGUGAUGGAGUUAGACCGGUUAUUUCUUUCACAACUCCCCCGGAAUGGACAGGCAAGUCAGCAACAAUUCAAUGGAGAUCGUCUGUUCCCGCAUAUUUCAAGUGUUCGCUUGAUAAUAAGCCGUAUAGCUCGUGUGGAGGACCAAGUAUGACAGGUCAAUGGAUUGGAAGCAAUUUACUUGAGGGUCCACAUACAUUGGACGUCAAAGCUAACGAUGUUGAUGGAAAUGAAGAAGGACCAAUUAGACAUUCUUGGAAUGUUGAUUCUAUUCUACCCAUUAUCCGUUUUGAUGAUGCACCUUCAGUAACAAAUAACUAUCCACGAUUUACAUGGAGCUCAUCUGAGCCAGCUGUGUUUGAGUGCUCGUUCAAUGGAGGAAGAUAUGAGACCUGUGGGAACGGAGUGGAGGGUGUUUGGAGUAAAAAUAAUGUUCGUGAUGGUCGCCAUGCUCUUCGUGUCAGAGGUAGAGAUUCUGCUGGAAAUUUGGGCAGACCAACUGAACAUUCUUGGACUGUUGAAACGGGUCCGGUUACAAUAACAUUCAUACAAGCUCCUAGAAGAUUCAACGUAGCAGCACCCGAAAUAAAAUGGAGGGCUACAGUGAGUAUGACGUUUGAAUGUUCAUUGGACAACGAAAAUUACAGAUCGUGUGGUGAAGGAACAACUGGGCAAUGGGUUGGAAACAAUGUUCCAGAUGGAUCACACAGUUUCAGAGUGAAAGGAACUGACAGUGUAGGUAAUGUGGUAGAAGCUGAGGUUACAGGAUGGAUAGUCGAUACUGUGGUUCCAAUUAUCACAUUCACUAAUCCUCCGGGGAAAACAAACGGUUCACCAACAAUUACCUGGCGUUCAUCAGAACAAGCUGACUUUAAUUGCUCACUGGACAGAGGACCAUAUGUAACUUGUGGUAAAGGUAUAUCUGGACAAUGGAGUGAAAAUAAUAUGCGCGAUGGUAGUCAUCGUCUGUCUGUCAACGCAAGAGAUGCUGCUGGUAACGUCGGAAGAAAUACCCACACUUGGAUCGUUGAUACGAUUCUUCCAGUCAUCACAUUCAACAAUCCACCAGCAAAAACGAACCGUUUUCCUCAGUUUACUUGGAAGUCAUCGGAACAGGCUGACUUUGAAUGUUCGCUGAACAAUGGACCAUAUGAAAAUUGUGGUCGUGGAACAGAAGGAACGUGGAGUAAAAAUAAUCUUCCUAGUGGUCGUCGUUAUGUUCUCUCUGUCAGAGGGAAAGACACUGUUAAUAACGUAGGAAGACCAACCACUCAUUCUUGGAUUGUUGAUGGGGAUGCUCCUGUUAUCACCCUCAACCCACCCCGAAAAAUAAAUGGAUUCACUGAGUUUAGCUGGAGGUCAUCAGAACAAGCUAAGUUUAAAUGCUCCGUUGAUAAUGGACCAUAUGAAGAAUGCGGUCGUGGGAUAACUGGACGAUGGCUUCGAAACAACAUUCGUGGCAGUCCUUAUACAUUCUCUGUCAGAGGCGAAGAUAGUGUUGGCAAUUUGGGAAGACCUGCAAAGAUUGUUGAAACAAUACCACUGCAAAUAAACUUCACUCUAGCACCAAACAUUGUCAAAAGUUCGCCUGUCUUUGAAUGGAUUUCAUCAACCACUAUGACGUUUGAAUGUUCAUUGGACAACGAAAAUUACAGAUCGUGUGGUGACGGAAAAACUGGACAAUGGGUUGGAAACAAUGUUCCAGAUGGAUCACACAGUUUCAGAGUGAAAGGAACUGACAGUGUAGGUAAUGUGGUAGAAGCUGAGGUCAGAGGAUGGAUAGUUGAUACUGUGGUUCCAACUAUCACAUUCACUCAUGCUCCGGCAAAAACAAACGGUUCACCAAUGAUCACCUGGCGUUCAUCAGAACCAGCUGACUUUAGUUGCUCACUGGACAGAGGACCAUAUGUGCCUUGUGGUAAAGGAAUAUCUGGACAAUGGAGGGAAAAUAAUAUGCGCGAUGGUAGUCAUCGUCUGUCUGUAAAAGGAGAAGAUGCUGCUGGUAACGUUGCAAGCAAUACCCAUACUUGGAUUGUUGAAACGGGUCCGGUUACCAUAACAUUCAUACAAGCUCCUAGUAGAUUCAACGUAGCGCCCGAAAUAAAAUGGAUUUCAUCAACCACUAUGACGUUUGAAUGUUCAUUGGACAACGAAAAUUACAGAUCGUGUGGGGAAGGAAGAACUGGGCAAUGGGUUGGGAACAAUGUUCCAGAUGGAUCACAUAGUUUCAGAGUGAAAGGAACUGACAGUGUAGGUAAUGUGGUAGAAGCUGAGGUUACAGGAUGGAUAGUCGAUACUGUGGUUCCAAUUAUCACAUUCACUAAUCCUCCGGCGAAAACAAACGGUUCACCAACAAUUACCUGGCGUUCAUCAGAACAAGCUGACUUUAAUUGCUCACUGGACAGAGGACCGUAUGUGACUUGUGGUAAAGGAAUAUCUGGACAAUGGAGUGAAAAUAAUAUGCGCGAUGGUAGUCAUCGUCUGUCUGUCAACGCAAGAGAUGCUGCUGGUAACGUUGGAAGAAAUGACCACGCUUGGACUGUUGAUACAAUUCCUCCAGUCAUCACAUUCAACAAUCCACCAGCAAAAACCAAUCGUUUUCCUCAAUUGACUUGGGACUCAACGGAACAAGCUUACUUUGAAUGUUCGCUAAACAGUGGACCAUAUGAAAAUUGUGGUAGUGGAACAGAAGGAACAUGGAGUAAAAAUAAUCUUCGUAGUGGUCCUUAUGUUCUUUCUGUCAGAGGGAAAGACACUGUUAAUAACAUGGGAAGACCAACCACUCAUUCUUGGAUUGUUGAUGGAGAUGCCCCAGUUAUUACAUUUACUAAUCCACCUCAAGAAACGAAUGGUUCACCUCAGUUGAAUUGGAGGUCGUCAGAGCAAGCAGAAUUUACAUGCUCUUUUGACAAUGGACCAUAUGAACCUUGUGGUAGUGGAACAGAAGGAACGUGGAGUAAAAAUAAUCUUCGUAGUGGUCGUUAUGUUCUCUCUGUCACAGGGAAAGACACUGUUAAUAACGUGGGAAGAGCAACCACUCAUUCUUGGAUUGUUGAUAGAGCCGCACCAGUUAUCACAUUUAUUAAUCAACCUCAAAAAACGAAUGGUUCACCACAGUUCACUUGGAGAUCGUCAGAGCAAGCAGAAUUUACAUGCUCUUUUGACAAUGGAGCAUAUGAACGUUGUGGUAGUGGAACGGAAGGAAUUUGGAGUAAAAAUAAUCUUCGUAGUGGUCGUCAUGUUCUCUCUGUCAGAGGGAAAGACACUGUUAAUAACGUAGGAAGACCAACCACUCAUUCUUGGAUUGUUGAUGGAGAUGCCCCGGUUAUCAGAUUUAUUGAUCCACCUCAAAAAACGAAUGGUUCACCACACUUCACUUGGAGAUCGUCAGAGCAAGCAGAAUUUACAUGCUCUUUUGACAAUGGACCAUAUGAACCUUGUGGUAGUGGAACAGAAGGAACGUGGAGUAAAAAUAAUCUUCGUAGUGGUCGUUAUGUUCUCUCUGUCAGAGGGAAAGACACUGUUAAUAACGUGGGAAGAGCAACCACUCAUUCUUGGAUUGUUGAUAGAGCCGCACCAGUUAUCACAUUUAUUAAUCAACCUCAAAAAACGAAUGGUUCACCACAGUUCACUUGGAGAUCGUCAGAGCAAGCAGAAUUUACAUGCUCUUUUGACAAUGGAGCAUAUGAACGUUGUGGUAGUGGAACGGAAGGAAUUUGGAGUAAAAAUAAUCUUCGUAGUGGUCGUCAUGUUCUCUCUGUCAGAGGGAAAGACACUGUUAAUAACGUAGGAAGACCAACCACUCAUUCUUGGAUUGUUGAUGGAGAUGCCCCAGUUAUCACAUUUAUUAAUCAACCUCAAAAAACGAAUGGUUCACCACAGUUCACUUGGAGAUCGUCGGAACAAGCAGAAUUUACAUGCUCUUUUAACAAUGGACCAUAUGAACCUUGUGGUAGUGGAACAGAAGGAACGUGGAGUAAAAAUAAUCUUCGUAGUGGUCGUUAUAUUCUCUCUGUCAGAGGAAAAGACAGUGUCGGUAAUUUCGGACGUCCUACUGCCCAUUCGUGGAGAGUUGACGCGGUUGCUCCAAUCAUUACAUUUAUUGAUCCCCCUGAAACAACCAGCCGUUCACCCGAGUUUAGCUGGCGAUCUUCGGAACAAGCAACUUUUGAAUGUUCAUUUGAUGGAGGAAGUUAUGAAAAUUGUGGUAGCGGAGCGAGUGGAAAAUGGACACAAGAUAAUAUUCGUGAUGGUAGUCAUUUUCUUAAUGUCAGAGGAACAGAUGUCGUUGGUAACUUGGGAGAAGCAACCACUCAUACUUGGAUUGUUGGGAAGAUAGUUUUCAACAAAGUACCACAACAUUCAAAAAGUGCCCCUGUGUUUGAGUGGAGUGCACCAACGACUAUGUCGUUUGAGUGUUCUUUAGACAACGGGAGUUACAGACCUUGCGGUAGAGGAAGAACCGGGCAAUGGGUUGGAAACAAUGUUCCAGAUGGACAGCAUAGUUUGAGAAUUAAAGCAACUGACAGUGUAGGUAAUGUGGUGGAAACUGAAGUUAAAGGAUGGAUAGUUGAUACUGUGGUUCCAAUUAUCACAUUCACUAAUCCUCCGGCGAAAACAAACGGUUCACCAAUGAUCACCUGGCGUUCAUCAGAACAAGCUGACUUUAAUUGCUCACUGGACAGAGGACCAUAUGUACCUUGUGGUAAAGGAAUAUCUGGACAAUGGAGUGAAAAUAAUAUGCGCGAUGGUAGUCAUCGUCUGUCUGUCAACGCAAGAGAUGCUGCUGGUAACGUUGGAAGAAAUGACCACACUUGGAUUGUUGAUACGAUUCCUCCAGUCAUCACAUUCAACAAUCCACCAGCAAAAACGAACCGUUUUCCUCAGUUUACUUGGAAGUCAUCGGAACAGGGUGACUUUGAAUGUUCGCUGAACAAUGGACCAUAUGAAAAUUGUGGUCGUGGAACAGAAGGAACGUGGAGUAAAAAUAAUCUUCCUAGUGGUCGUCGUUAUGUUCUCUCUGUCAGAGGGAAAGACACUGUUAAUAACGUAGGAAGACCAACCACUCAUUCGUGGAUUGUUGAUGGAGAUGCCCCAGUUAUCAGAUUUAUUAAUCCACCUCAAGAAACAAAUGGUUCACCACAGUUGAAUUGGAGGUCGUCAGAGCAAGCAGAAUUUACAUGCUCUUUUGACAAUGGAGCAUAUGAACGUUGUGGUAGUGGAACGGAAGGAAUUUGGAGUAAAAAUAAUCUUCGUAGUGGUCGUCAUGUUCUCUCUGUCAGAGGGAAAGACACUGUUAAUAACGUAGGAAGACCAACCACUCAUUCUUGGAUUGUUGAUGGAGAUGCCCCGGUUAUCAGAUUUAUUGAUCCACCUCAAAAAACGAAUGGUUCACCACACUUCACUUGGAGAUCGUCAGAGCAAGCAGAAUUUACAUGCUCUUUUGACAAUGGACCAUAUGAACCUUGUGGUAGUGGAACAGAAGGAACGUGGAGUAAAAAUAAUCUUCGUAGUGGUCGUUAUGUUCUCUCUGUCAAAGGGAAAGACACUGUUAAUAACGUAGGAAGACCAACCACUCAUUCUUGGAUUGUUGAUGGAGAUUCCCCAAUUAUCAGAUUUAUUGAUCCACCUCAAGAAACAAAUGGUUCAUCUCAGUUAAAUUGGAGGUCGUCAGAGCAAGCAGAAUUUACAUGCUCUUUUGACAAUGGACCAUAUGAACCUUGUGGUAGUGGAACAGAAGGAACGUGGAGUAAAAAUAAUCUUCGUAGUGGUCGUUAUGUUCUCUCUGUCAAAGGGAAAGACACUGUUAAUAACGUAGGAAGACCAACCACUCAUUCGUGGAUUGUUGAUGUAGAUGCCCCAGUUAUCACAUUUAUUGAUCCACCUCAAGAAACGAAUGGUUCACCACAGUUCACUUGGAGGUCGUCAGAGCAAGCAGAAUUUACAUGCUCUUUUGACAAUGGACCAUAUGAACGUUGUGGUAGUGGGACGGAAGAAACGUGGAGUAAAAAUAAUGUUCGUGAUGGUUCUCACGUUCUGUCCGUUAGAGGGGAAGACAGUGUUGGUAAUUUGGGACGUCCAACUACCCAUUCGUGGAGAGUCGAAAUCAUCGAGCCUGCCAUCACCUUUAUCCAGCCUUUGGCAGUUACAAAUCACUAUCCAACUGUGAGAUGGAGCUCAACAACCAACAUGUAUUUUCACUGCUCAUUGGACGAAGACACAUACAAGCCGUGUGGUCAAGGACGUUCUGGUCAAUGGACAGGAAUUAAUAUGGCGGAUGGAUCGCACGUAUUGAAGGUUCAGGGAACUGACCGUAAUGGAAACAUUCUUGUUUUUAAAACUCAUACCUGGACUGUCAGUCGAGUCAGUACACCAGCUCUUGACCUUAUAUUCGCACUGGAUGGCUCUAGUAUCUUGUCUUCACAACAGUUUAACAAGCUCAAGGGCAGCAUAAAAAAAAUACUGGAUUCUUACACCAUCUCACGCAUAGCAACAAAUGUUGGUGUGAUUGAAUUUAGUGAUAGGACGAGCGAAGAAAUUCGUCUGACGGACAGUUACGACAGAAAUCUCAUAUACUCCAUGAUUGAUGAUAUCAGGCAAUCCCGAGGCAACCGAAGAGUUCUUGAUGAAGUAAUCAAGAUGACUGCUAACGAGAUGUUCGAGCGAAGUGGAAGAGUUGGAGCCUCGCGUGCUUUAGUCAUACUUUCUUCAGGAAAAUCAACCGGUUCAGAACCACUUACGGAAGCCAUAAAACCACUACAGAAGAAAGGUGUUCGUGUGUAUGUUGUAAGUAUUGGUGACGAGGUCGAUAAGGAUGAACUUAAAAAUGUGGUUCCAACAGAAGACAAUAUCUUCCCAACAACUCCGGAAAAUCCUGAUGAAGUUGUUGAUAAAAUUUCGCAAGUUAUCAAGGAGGAUGUUACAAAGAGACUUUCCAAAAACUUAGUGGAUGUAAUUUUGGUGGUGGGAGCUCUCACACAGCCCUCUUUCGAUAAAGAGAAAGAAGCAAUCCUGGAAAUGGCUCGACAACAACAAAAUACAAACCUUAACUAUAUCUAUGGCGUUAUACAGCAUGGAGACGCCGCUGUUGUUAAGAAAAGUUUGAAAGACAGAAUGAACAAUGAAGAUCUACAAUCAUUUGUUGGGUCAUUGGUCAUGGAAGAACCUGGUCGAGCGUUUCUAGAUGCCAUUCGGAAAGCAAAACUGUCAUUCGAGCAGCACGGUAGGCCUAAGGCGAAAAAGGUUUUGGUUGUGUUCUCAGAUGCAGGAGUCAACAGUUAUCCGGUAAACAUCCUUCAAGAACCCGGUGAGGAAAUCCGCAAAGAUGGUAUUAAAAUUAUUGGAGUCACAGUUGAUGAUUCAGGAGGCGAUCAGAACGAUCGAAUGGAACGAUUAACAGGAAAGAAACCAUUAAAGAUAGAUUCAGUUAGUGAUGAUAAUUCUCCCGAAAACACUGGAAAGAAAGUCGCUGAACAAACUGUAACGGAUCCCUGUUUUGCUAAAGAAUGCAAACCCAAUUCCAAAUGCCAAGAAUACAGUGACGAUUCCACCAUUUGUGUGCCAAUCGACGCUCUGGAGAUUGUAGUUUUAUUAGACGGCUCUAAAUCUGUAAAUGAGGAAGGUUUUGAAGAGUUAAAGGAGUUCGUAAAGAAGACGAUAGACUCGUACGAUGUCUCACCAGAAGGAACACACAUCGCUGUGAUCGAAUUUAGCGACCAAGCAACGGUGACAAUCCCACUUACUGAGUCGUUUAAUCCUGACGUUCUCAAAAGUUUAGUUGACAAAAUAAAACCUUCCAAUGGUGAAGGAAGAAAUGUAGACCGUGCCUUGGAUAUUGCCAGAGUUGAAGUAUUGUCACCUAAAGGUGGAGUUCGUCCAGAUAUUCCCCGAGCUGUUGUGUUGGUUACCGCAGGGAAAUCAACAGGACGUGUCUCAGUUGAGGAUGCAGCAGAACCGUUGAAAAAAGAUCGAGUAAAUAUCUAUGUUGUUGGUAUUGGAGAUGAUGUUGAUCCGGAGGAGUUAGAAAAGAUUGUUAAAAAUACCAGCAAUAUCCAUCAAGUUGACCAACCGGAAGAUACCCCAGAAAUUGUCAAGAAGAUCGUGGAUAACAUCAAAAAAGAUAAAGAAAAUGCCGCAAGAGAAGUUACACCAAUGGAUGUUGUUUUUGUUUUGGAUGGAUCUGAGAAUAUUGGCCAAACGGGUUUUGAAGAAAUCAAAGAUUUCGUGAAGCUCACUAUUGAUAAGUAUGCAAUUGGUGAAGGGAAGACUCGUGUUGCAUUGUUAGAAUAUAGUGACACUGCUAGGGUUGUGUUUGACCUUGAAAAGUAUUAUACAAAACCACUUCUAAAGAAAGCCGUUGAUGCAAUCCUCCCUUCUCGUGGUCGAACUACGGACACAACAAAAGCUUUGAAGCUGGCGAACGAUGCGCUUGACAUAAAGAAUGGUGGCAGACCGGGAGCAGCUAAGGUUAUCAUUUUGGCAACGAGCGAAACAGUGAAAGACAGAGAGCGUCUGGAAAGUGUCCUUGAAAAGACAAAGGCAACUAAAGGACGACUUUAUGUUAUUGGUAUUGGAAAUGAAAAUGUGAAUAUCGGGGACGAUGUGGUCAAUGUUGAUGAUCCGAAAGAUAUCAGUGAUGUUGUGGACGAUAUUGUGGAAAAAGUUAACAAGGAUGUGAAGAAAGACACCAAGGGUGAAAAGGCUGAUAUUGUGCUUGUCCUUGGAGCGUCUGAUGAUGAAAAAUUAGAAGAUACCAAAAACCUCGCCAUAAAACUCAUUGACAUGAUUCCAACGAAAGACACGCGAUUUGCUGUAGUGCAAUACGCGUCUUCCGCAAUGAUUAUAUCUGAGUUUUUACAAUCUGAUGAGAAACCCGUUCUUAUUGAGAGAAUUCGAGGAAGAGUUCGGUAUGUCCGAGGCUCUAAUGUUAACAGUGGAAUGUUGCAAGCGAACAGCCUCCUGCAGAACUUCGGGAGAUCAGAUGCAAAACAGAAAAUUGUAUUGUUCACAAGUGGUCCAUCUUCAUCUGGGACUUCGCAACUGAGGAGUAUUGCGGAUUCUCUUCGAGAUAAGAAUGUGAAAGUGGUUGUGGUGACGGUUGGAGACAACGUUGAUCAAAGAGUAGUAAGCACAGCAGGAACCGACAGCGACGUGGUCAAUGUGUUACCUUCUGAUGAUGAAAAUGAUAAAGUCAAAACCGUCACUCAAGUUGUGUUAAAAGAUCCUUGUUUCAUCACGACUUGCAAUUCAUUCGAACAAUGUGUUGCUUUGGCUAACGACAGCACUGUGUGUGAAUGCCGAGAAAGAUGCUCUGACUUAAAAGAAAAGUAUUUCUGUGGUAGCGAUGGCCGUUCGUAUAAAAAUCCUUGCGGCAACCGUUUGGUAAAGUGUCCAACUAUUCCUGGUGUGAACUGGAAACAUUCUGGGAUGUGUGUUUCGGAUUCCGCAGUUGACAUUGCUAUUCUUCUGGAUGGAUCGCAAAGCCUCAGCGAAGAAGAUUUUGAAAAGCUCAAAAACUUCACAAAAACGCUGGUUGACAAGUAUGGCGUUUCGAGGUCUGGACCUCACAUUGCGGUGGUUGAAUUCAGUAAGGAACCUGUCAUUGCUAUCAAACUUGAUGAUUACUCUGACGCAACGAGCUUGAAGAGGGCAAUUGACAACAUCAAACCAUCUGGUAAUGUACAAGUAAAGACAGACGAAGCGCUGAAAACCGUAGUUGACGAAGUCUUCAGUUUAGAAUCAGGUGGACGGCCCUCUGUUCCAAAAAUUGUCAUUCUUGUAACCGAUGAUGAAUCGACGGGAGACCGAUCUUUAGAAGAAGUAAGAAAAGAUGUCCAACGUGAAGGUGCUCGGGUGCUGGUGGUUACUAUUGGACCGAAUGUUGAUAGAGAUGACUUAAAGAAAUUGGUGCCUAAAGAUGAUAAUAUCAUCAGUGUCCCAGAUGUCGAUGAUCUCAAUAAUAUUACAUCACAGGUUGUUGAUGUUAUCAAGACGGACACAGAAGAACGCACAGCAAGACGCUCUGCAGAAAUUGCAUUUGUGAUUGGAGCAGACAACCCAGGUUCAUUUGACCGUGCAAGAGAUGUCGUGAUCUCAAUGAUUGAAUCGCCCAAAGAUGUUGUAACAAGAUAUAGUAUCGUAAAGUAUGGCAAAGAUUCAAAAGUGGUUGUAACUCCUGACGGCUACCAAGAUAAUUUAAAGCUAUUAGACAUUGUUAAAGAUAUGGAAUGGCAGUCUAGAGGGAUUAACAUACUCGGUGCUGUGAAUAAAGUUAGAAAUAUAUUCAAAGAAAGUGGAAAUCCUAAAGCGUUACGAAGAAUGAUAGUGUUCGUGGACAGUAUUGCUGGUUAUAACGAAAUGAAGAAUGUCAAAGAAGACGUCGAGAAAAAAGACGGCAUCAAAAUUGUCACUGUUAUAGGAGAUGAAGCAAGAGAUGAUGUUAUCCCAGAUGAUGUCACCCCAGAUGAUCCAUCCACUGUUAUUGAUGAUCCAAAUACUGAUCUUGGAAACACUACUCUCCCAAUCAGCAAAGUGGUAUAUAAAGAUCCAUGUUUUACAAGUCAUUGUACCGAUAGUCAUAUCUGCGUAGUUUUAUCUGACGAUUCAACAAAAUGCGAACCUCGCGAAGUUCUUGACCUCGUGUUUGCCAUCGACGGUUCUAACAGUUUGACUGACGAUCAGUUCGAUAGUUUAAAGGAAAUAGUCAAACGUACGCUCAAAGAUCACACUAUCUCACGGUUGGACACCCACGUUUCAGUCAUAGAAUACAGCGAUGAACCAGUGGUAUCAUUCUAUCUUAAUGAUUCGUUUGAUGCAAAGAAACUCAAUGCAAUGAUCGACAAAAUAGUUCCUUCGAAAGGUGAAAAUGCCUUGGUUCACAAAGCAAUGCAGAAGGCCGCUAUCGACGUCUUUAGUGUCGGCAAGGGUGGAAGACCUGGAGCAGCAAAAGCUGUUGUCAUAAUAACUGAUGGCGAUUCCAGCAGUCCCAACGAUCUUGACGUAGCUUCAAAAUUGUUGAAAGAUAGUGGAAUUCGAGUAUACGUAGUGACAGUAGGAGAUGAUAAGGGUAAAGAUGGCAUAAAAAAGAUAGUAAAUGUACCUGAGGAUAUAUUUCCACCUGUUUCUCCUUCAGACCUGCCAAUAUCAAAUGUUGGAACCCAUGUUGGUGAAAAGCUCAAGAAUGAUGUAAAGAAAGCGCGCUCAUUCAACCUCCUUGAUGUCGUAUUUGUUCUUGGAUCCAACACUCCGGAAGACUUUGAAAAAGCGAAGAAUAGCAUAUUAUCAAUAGUCGAAACUCAAAGUAACAAUGAUCCAAAUUAUGGCGUCAUUCAAUACGACAAUACUGUUUCCAAGAACAUACCCAUUGACCAAUUCACAAACCUAGACCGAUUUAAAUCUCAAGUUAAGGAGCUAGUGUGGAGAAGCUCUGGGAUCGUAGUGGAAAAUGGGAUUGAUGCUGCUCGAAGCAUGCUACUUGAAGAAGGCAGGCCUUUGGCUAGAAAGCAGAUGGUCGUAUUCACCGAUGGGAACAUACAAUCAAAUUCCUCUGACUUACAAGACAGUGUGGAUGAUGUGUCUGGGAAUAAUAUAAGAAUUUCUACAGUAUUCUUCGGAAAACCAACGGAUCAAACAAAAGUCUCUAUACUUACUCCUAACGACAAAGAUCCAUCUGUUAUCUUACCGAAUGAUGAUGGUGAAAAGGUUGGACCUGAAGUCACUACAAAAGUCUUCAAAGAUCCAUGUAUGUCUAAAGAAUGUGGCAGCGCAAGAAAAUGUUUAGUGACUGGGAAUAAUGAUGCUGUUUGUGUUUCAUCACACGUCCUGGAUCUUGUCUUUGCUUUGGAUGGUUCGGAGAGUUUAACAAAGGAUGAAUUCGAAAACUUGAAAGAGUUCGUCAUCAAAUCAUUGCCUAGCUACAGCAUUUCUCGGGAGAAGACUCGUGUUGGUGUUAUUGAGUAUAGCGAUGAAGUUUCUAUUAAGUUGCCAUUACACCAGUAUUUUACUGUCAAACAAAUUACGGAAGCAAUAAGAGCUAUUGAGCCAUCAAGGGGACAACAAGUUGUGACCGACAAAGCCCUAAAAACAGCUGCAGACGAUGUGUUUAGUAUAACCUCAGGAGGCCGACCAGGUGCUGCGAAAGUUCUUGUGGUGUUAACUGAUGAUGCAUCCACUGGAAAUCAAGCAAUAAGCGAAGCUGUAGUACCUCUAAAGAAGGCAGGCAUACAAAUUCAUAUCGUAGCUAUUGGUAACAGAGUCCCACGAAAGGAACAGGAGGACAUAACCUCCGGAGAUGAAAAUAUUCACGUUGUCCCGAGACCGGACGAAGUGCCGGGAAAAGCUGGUGAUGUUGCGGAUGUUGUUGAUAAAGCUAUCCAAAAUCGAAAUGCUAAGAACCUAAUCGAUAUCGUUUACAUCCUUGGUUCUAAUGGCAACAAAGCUCGAGAGAUUUUCAAUAAAGAGAAAGAUAUCAUAAAUGAAAUGUUGGAAAAAGGAUCAAAUGCGAACAUCAAAUACAGUAUCAUUCAGUACGGUCAAGAGCCUGAAGUCAAGGCACGAUUUUCGUAUUUGUCUCGACCUGAGGACGUAAAGCGUCUUCUUGAGCAGUUAGAGUGGGAAAAUGAGGGUGUAAAUAUCGAUAAAAGUCUUAAGGUUGCCUCAGACCUAAUCAAAUCUGACUCGCGUCGUGAUUCUAAGAAGGUGGUAGUGGUAUUCACGGGAGAAGCAGUUCAACCUACAAGUGAAAAUCUCAGUGACGCAAUUGAAAGUCUUGCACGGGAUGGAGUUAAGAUUAUUCCUGUCGUUGUUGGCAGUUCACCAGAUCCAAGCACGUUUGACAGUUUGAAACCAAAUAUCCAACAACCAAUCACGGGAGGACUUGAUGAAAACCCUAGUAGACCUGCUGAUAAGGUUGGAAAAGGUGUAUUUACAGAUCCAUGCUUUGCGACUGAAUGUGAUGAAAUUAGCGUAUGCCGAAAUGAAAAAUGUGAACCAGUUGAAGUUGUUGAUGUCGUGAUUGCUCUGGAUGGUUCAUCAGACCUGGAUCCAAGUGAUUUUAAAAAACUUAAACAGUUGGCUAAAAACAUCAUUGACAAAUACACAAUCUCUGAACGUGGUACUCAUGUAGGAAUCAUUGAGUACAGCGAUGGUAUUCGUGUUAAAAUACCUCUUGAUGCCACUCACGAUCCGACACAGCUGAAAAGACUUUUAGAUCAUAUAACACCAUCCCAGGGAAUUCAACGAUUCACAGCGAAAGCAUUAUCCAAGGCUGCCAAGCAAGUAUUCCCUGCAUCAUUCGGUGGAAGGCCAGGAGCUCACCGUGUUCUUAUUGUGGUAACCGCUGGACCAAGUUCAGACACUGAGGAUAUUGACAGUUCUAUUGACGAGACGAAAAAAUCUGGAGUUGAUGUGUUUAUCGUAACAGUCAGAGAAGGAGAAGAGGAUGCUGGAAAGAUUGUACCUGAUAGUAAUCUUGUGGUUGUCAAAACUAUUCAUGAUCUACCAUCCGCUGCUGAUGAGCUGGACAAGGUUAUUAAAGAUUCUAUAGACAAAAGAGAAGAACAAGACCUUCUUGAUGUCGUGUUUGUCGUGGGUUCCUCUAACCUUCUAUCCUUCUUGGAGUACAGAGACCUCAUAAUAGCCACCUUGAAAACACCACAGACAAAAGACAAUAGAUACGGUGUCAUAACAUACAGUUCAUCACCCACAGUUUUUCUCAGUUUAGACGACUUUGUCUCAAAACAAGACUUGAUUGACCGCUUAAGAAAUGUACCCUGGCUAGGAGCCGGUUCAGAUCUUGACGGAGCCUUACGAAAAGCCGACGAGGUCUUUAUGAACGAGGGAAGGAUACGAGCUCGUAAAGUUCUAGUUGUUUACGGUGAUGGUCCUUUCACUGAUACUGUGGAUGAAUUAAGAAAUCUAACGGAAUCGCUACAAGAAAAAAAUAUUAAGAUAAUCACUGUGACGAAUACGGAUAACGAUGACAGCAAAAAGAAACUGGAUGAAGUGACGAGCUCUGAUGAAGGGCCUGUUAUAGUUAAUCCUGGAAGACCAGAAGAAUCAAAAGAUACCGUAAAUGAAAAAGUACUGAAAGAUCCUUGCUCUGCUGGAGUUUGUGGAAACAACAUGCGAUGUGUUGCAAGACCAAAUGAUCAAACUACUUGUGCUCGGCAAGACGUUGUGGACAUCGUGUUUGCAUUGGAUGGUUCUCGUCCUCUUACCAGUGAACAAUUCUCGAAACUUAAAGAAGCCAUAUUGAACAUGCUCAAGAGAUACAAAGUUUCAGAGAAGGAUACUCAUGUGGGAAUUAUUGAAUUUAGUUCCUCUGUGAAAAUUGUAUCACGUCUAAAUAAUGAUAACACCAUUGCAAGAAUCAAAGAUAUUCUUUCGGCAUUACAACCAUCCAGAGGUUCUGCAAGAGUCACGGACGAGGCUCUUCAAGUUGCUUCCAAAAAGCUGUUUGAUAUUUCAGCUGGAGGUCGUUCAGGAGCGUCAAAAGUUUUAAUUAUCCUUACCCAUGGUAAAUCGACAGGAGAUAUACCACCAGCUGAAGCAGCCAAGCCCCUCAAGGAACGUGGUGUUAAUGUUUUUGUGGUGAACAUUGGUCCUAAUUCAGAUCCUAAGGAGGCUGGAGAGAUAGCAACGUCUGGUGGACAUGUUAUACCUGUUGAUAAUCCGGACGAGACUCCUGAAGCUAUGGGAAAAGUUGCAGAUAAACUUCAAAAGGACUUAAGCAAAGGAACUAAUCUGGUGGAUGUAGUCUUACUUCUGGGCACAAAUGAAAUGAAUAUACCUCAAGAUGAUGAAAAAUUGAAACAACUUCUUCUAUCUUCCAUCGACCAACCCUCUAGUGCUAAUGUCAGAGUUGCUAUUAUUCGCCCACGAAAUGAUAAAAUGGCGUUCCGAGAAUUCCAAGACUUUAAGGAUACCAUUGAUCUUGUCACCUUCACCAAAACGUUGGAUACAAAGAAACCAGACGAAGCCUCGGUUAUUAUAUUCAAAGAAAAUGGUCGGCCAACCGCCAGGAGACUCAUAAUUCUGUUUGUCAACGGUACAUCGUUGCCCAGCGAGGAAUUGAUCACGCAGUGGAAUAAAACAUUCGUGGAAAAUGAUGUUGUUGUCAUACCUGUUGUGUUUGGUAGUCCUGGUGAUGGUGAUAGACUUUUACCAAUUGCACCUGAUAGUGGUAUCCAUACCUUGGAGCCAGACGACGAUCCAGUGAAGAAGGGAGAACAGAUAGCACAAGAUGUCGUUAAAGAUCCAUGCUUCGCAGUAACGUGUGCUGAUAGUCAACUCUGUAAACAAGGCGUGUGUGUUUCUGUUCCCAUCGUGGAUCUUGUAUUUGCUUUGGAUGGAUCUGAUACUCUCACUUCGCGACAGUUUAAAAAUCUCAAAAAUACAAUAAAGAAAAUCCUUGAUUCUUACGUCAUCUCGCGUUCAGCAACGCACGUUGGUGUGAUUGAGUUUAGUGAUAAGAGCAACGAGAAGAUUCGACUGACAGACAGUUACGACAGGAAUGUCAUAUACUCUAAGAUCGAUGAAAUCGAGCAGUCAAUGGGAAAGCUCAGAGUUACCGACGAAGCGCUCAAGAUGGCCGCUAACAAAAUGUUUAGUGUUGAUUCUGGUGGUAGACCAGGGGCAUCUCGAGCUCUGGUAGUACUUACUGCAGGGGAAUCAACUGGUCAGCAGCCAUUGCCAGAUGCUAUAAAACCGCUUGAAAACCAAGGUGUUCGUGUUUAUGUUGUCAGUGUUGGGGACAAGGUCGAUGAAAAAGAGAUUGAUUCAAUCGUUCCCCCAAAUCAAGUUUUCCCAACAACGCCUGAUAAUCCCCAAGAUGUUGUGUUGAGGAUCGUGAAGACAAUCAACAAGGAUGUAGAUGAUAAAAUUAAAGAAAGCCUCGUCGAUGUCAUUGUGGUUAUUGGAAGCAGUUCUAGCGAAAACUUUAACAAACAAACGGAAACCGUACACGAGGUUAGCAAACAAGAGACGAACUCUGAUGUAAUCUAUGGAGUUAUUCAAUACGGGGAGAAAGCCGAAGUGAAGAAGAGCUUGCAAGAGAAAAUGAAUAAAGAAGCCCUACAACAAUUCCUACCUUCUCUAUCCUGGGAAGAAGCUGGCAAAGCUCUUCUCGAGGGUCUUCAACUGGCCAAUGAAACAUUCGUAAAUUACGGUCGUCCUAAUGCUAGAAGAUUGCUUCUGGUAUUUGCUGAUCAACCUUGGAACGACUCUAUGGCUGUUGAUGAUAUUGGAGAGAAACUACGGAAGGCAGGUGUCAAGAUAGUCCCAGUGUCAGUGGGAAAUAGAAGCGAUGAUAAGAUGUUGAGAGAACUGGCUGGAAAGAAACCUCUGAAGGUUAAUGAAGACAAUGAACCGCGCAGAACGGGAAAGAAAGUCUCCGAAGAAAUAAUGAAAGAUCCAUGCUUCUCGAAAGUUUGUGGAUCAAAUUCACAAUGCAAACUCGAACCGGAUGACUCUGCAAUUUGUGUUCCUGUGGAUACAAUUGAUAUUGGCUUCAUUCUGGACGGUUCUGAAUCGCUUGGAGAGGACGGUUUUGAGGAAGUCAAAAAGUUUGUAAGAGAUAUGAUUGACUCAUACGAGAUUUCAAGCAAAGGAACUCAUGUUGGUAUUGUAGAGUUUAGCGAGAGAGCAAGAGUUGUAAUUCCGUUUGAUAAGACGUUUGACUCAGAAGAACUAAAACGUCUUGUAAAUGAAACGAAACCCUCGAAUGAGAAAGCGAGAAAUGCCGACAUUGCGUUUGAAUUGGCAAAGAAGAAAUUGUUCUCUGAGAAAAGCGGAUCUCGUCCUAGCGUACCUCGUUUGGUGAUCUUUGUAACCUCUGGCAAAUCAACUGGUCGUACGCCAAUGAGGGACGUCGUUGAGCCGUUCAGGAAAACUGGGAUGAGGGUGUAUGUUGUUACUGUUGGAAACCAGACUGAUCCGGAAGAAGUUGCUGACACUGUGUCUGAUGGGAACGGGAUUAUACCAACAGAUGAACCGCAAGAUUUACCUAGCAUGACUUCUACUGUCGUGGACAAGAUUGGCAGUGAUAUUAGGAGAAAUAAGAAGAGAAAGGAAAAGAUUGACAUCAUAAUCGCAUUUGGUUCACAAGGAAAGAAUGCACUGCCUCUGAUGGAAAAAGAAAAGUCCAUUGCCACUGCUAAGAUCGAUUCUAUUGAAGAUUCAAGUGAUAUAAGAUAUGGUUUGAUAAAUUAUGCUGACUUUGCAGGCAUUUAUUCAAAACUUGGAGAAUUCAAAACGCCUGUUGAAACAAAAGAUGCAAUAAGGAACAUGCCAUGGGCGGGUGAUGGAACUGCUCUUAAUGACGCCAUAUCACGAGCUACCAACGAAUUCCGGGAAAACGGAAGACCUGAGGCAUACAAAAUAUUCAUUGUUUUUGUUACUGGUCCAGCAGUUGCAAGUCCUGAAAAAUUGAACAUGUCUGCUCAAGAAUUGUUCGAUCUCAAUGUUCGUGUAAUACCAGUCUUGCUGGGCGAUGAUAGUGACGAGGAACAAGUCAAGAAUAUUGUAUUAGAUCCAAAAGAUAUUGUCACGUCUCCAGAAGAAGACGAGCCUACUUCUGUUGCAAAAGAUAUUGAUGAUAUCAUUGCACAAGAUCCAUGUGACACUGUAAGCUGCAAGUAUUACAGUACCUGUCGUCUCGGUCCAAAUCAUGCCGCGAACUGCGUUUGCCAGAAAUCAUGUUCCGAGAGCAAGGAACCUGUGUGCGGAAGUGACGGGAAAACUUACAACAAUGAUUGCCUCAUGAAACAGAACUCGUGUAAUAAACGUGUGGAUAUUCGUCUAACUGUUAGAGCUCCUUGUGCAUCAGUUCUUGACCUAGUCUUCGCCAUCGACGGCUCGGACAGUCUCCUACCAGAACAGUUUAACCACUUAAAGCAAAUGAUCAAAGAAAUGAUUGACGAAUAUACUAUUUCUUCAGAUGCAACCCGAGUUGGUGUUUUAGAGUACAGUGAUGAAGUUAGUGUUGAAAUAAACCUGGGCGACUACAACAAAGCGUGGAAACUCAAAGAUGCUGUGGAUAAAAUAGAGCCUUCUAAUAACAAGGGUGCUGUGACAGAUGAAGUACUACGAAAGGCGGCUGAGGAAGUCUUCAAUCCAGAGAAAGGGGGUAGGGCUGGUUCCUCAAAGGCCUUAAUCAUAGUCACGGAUGAUAAAUCUAGUGGUAAAGUGCCUGUUAAAGAAGCGGCUAAGCCAUUACAUGAUAAAGGAGUCAGAAUUUAUGUCAUAAACAUCCGACCAAAGCCAGAUGAAGAAGAAACCAAAGACAUAGUACCUGAUGAAAACAACAUCAUGACACCAAAAACUACUGAUGAUGUUCCAUCACUUGUACCUGGGUUAGUUAAAAAGAUAACAGAUGACGUGAAUGACCGGCUUGGGAAGAAAUUGCUUGAUGUGAUAUUUGUGCUUGGAUCGAGCGGUCUACGUGGUAGUGAUGACUUAGAAACGCAAAAGAUGGCGGUAAAGAAUUUCAUAAAUACCCAAAAGAUUGCGGAUGUAAUUUAUGGUAUUAUUUACUACGGUAAAACACCCGUGGUUCUUCUUCCACUAACGGGUAGAUCCCGUGAUCCCGAACUCAAUGACAUUCUAACGAGAAUUACUUGGAAAGAUGAAGGCGAGAGCUUGCCAGAAGCACUGGAAAAGGCCAAUGAUAUGUUUAAGAAGGAAGGCCGACCUCUCUCAAGGAAGGUCUUGGUCUUCUUUACAAAUGAAAAUCCGCAGCGUCCUUUGCACAACUCCUCGAUAGUUUUAAAAGACAACGAUGUUAAAGUGAUUCCUGUUGCCGUCGGUAAUGCAGUUGAUCCUGAUAGUCUGAGGAAAGCCAGUCCAAAGGAUGUGGUGGUUGUUGUAAAUACAGGAGGAAAGCCCGAAGAAGGAAAACCAACUAUCGAGGAAGAAGCUUUAAAUGAUCCAUGCUUUAACAAGAAUUGUGAGCUGUACGAAAGUUGUGUUGUUAAAGCUGACGAUACGACAAUAUGUGAUGCAAUUCCAGUUCUCGACCUGGUCUUUGCUUUGGAUGGAUCUGAUAGUUUAACGGAAGAACAAUUUACCCAGAUGAAAGAACUUGUGGAGAAUAUGAUAAAGAAAUAUCCAGUAUCGAAGCAUGGCACACACCUAGCAAUCUUAGAAUACAGCACAGGUGUAACAGUGCACGUUCCCCUCGACUCCGGCUUUGAACAAAGUGAACUGUUAGAUGCUUUACAAAACCUCCAGCCUUCGCGAGGAUCCAGAGUCAACGUUGAAAAACUGCUGAAGGUUGUAUCGACUGUAUUCAGUUUCAAAAAUGGUGGUAGACCUUCAGCUCUCAGGAUGUUGGUUCUGUUAACCGAUGAGAAACCAAAUAAGGACUUAACCGAAGUGGCUAAACCGUUAAAGCAAUCUGGAGUUAGAGUGUAUGUCGUUACUGUGGGUGAUAACGUUUCUCCCGAUGAUUACGUUGAUGUUACACCAGGAGACUCCACAACGUAUCCAGCAAACUCAACGGAUGAAGUACCAAGCUUAUCAGGAAGAAUUGAGACUGACAUUACUAAAGUUGCUAGAGAAGUUCGUGACAGAAGUAAAAUUGAUGUGAUUUUCGUGAUGGGUAGCUCAGAACCGGAUGCUCAGAAUGCAUUCAAUGAACAAAAAGAUAUUGUCAAUAAGAUCAUCAGAGAUAAUGAACCGAAGGACGUCAAGUAUUCCCUUAUUCAAUACGAAAGCGAGGGAAGGAAACUUUCAGGAUUUAACGAUUUUACAGACGUCUCGAAAUUCAAGAGGUUUGUUGAGAUUUUGACUUGGAAAGGUGAUGCUGUUGGUCUUGAAGAUGCCCUAAAGAAAGCGAAUAGUUUGUUUAAGAAUGAAGGGCGACCAUUCUCAAAACGAGUGUUGGUAGUGUUCACAGAUGGUCGUGUUGAUAGCUCGUCAGCUGCGCUUGAAAAAGUGGUGGAACCCCUGAAAGAUAAGAAUGUUAAGAUUAUCCCAGUUGUGUUGAAAGAACCUGUUGAUGAAUCAAUUGUUAAAAUUCUGCUUCCCAAAGGCAAGGAGCCUGUAAGCAAAUCCAACGACACAGACGACAAUGUAAAAGAGGAAAUGUAUAAAGAUCCAUGUUUUACCAAAUUAUGUCAAAGCAAUCAAAGAUGUGUUGUUUUAUCAACUGAUGAGACACAAUGUGUUCCGGUUGAAGAGAUUGACUUGGUUUUUGCUAUACAUGGUUCUUCUCCUCUAAAGCAAGAUGGUUUUGAAGAUGUGAAGAUGUUGAUUAAAAACAUCAUUGAUUACUAUGAUAUAUCCGAACCUGGUACUCAUGUCUCUAUUCUUGAGUACAGCAAGAAACCUGUUGUCUUGUUUAAGUUUGACAAAACAUAUGAAGUGGAAGAAUUGAAGAAGCUGGUGGACAAGAUGAAACCUUCUGGUGCGGCUGAAACUGUUACAGGGGAUGCAAUUGAGAAAGCUGGAAAAGAACUUUUUGGUGUUAAGAAUGGUGGUCGGCCGUCAGCCAGUAAAGUUUUGGUAAUUAUAACCGAUAGUUCAUCUACAAGUGGGACGCCACCAAGUGAAGCAAUUAAACCAUUGAAAGAAGCUGGUGUGAUCACGUAUGUUAUCAAUAUUGGUGGUAAACCUAGUUCGAAAGAAGCUGAAGAAAUAACUGAACCUGGUAAUGUCAUCACUCCAGAGGAUAAAGAGAGCAUUCCUGAUGAGGCAACGAAGAUUGUGAAGAAAAUUAACAAGAAGAUUGAUGACAAACGGAAAGAGCCUAACGAGAUUGAUAUUGUAUUCCUAAUUGGGGCAAGCAAUCCUGGUGGAACGCGCCAUAUUGUGAACGAAAAGCGACUGAUUGAGGAGAUUGUCCAAAGAAACAGCACGCCAACAACAAGGUUUGCAAUCGUCCAGUACGAAAACACCGCAACAAUUCGACGGUCGCUGAAUGAUUACACCAACACUGAGACAUUCAUCCAUAUCCUGAACACGCUUGAUUGGAGAGGAGACGCCACUAAUCUGGAAUCUGGGCUUGCAAAAGUGAAGAUCCUGUUCGAGAAGGAAGGAAAACCAAACGCAAGAAAAAUCUUAGUUGUUUUAUCUGACGGAAAAUUGCCAGUCGAUGUCAAGGAUAUUGCAGGUUUAAAAAAGCCUUUAGAGGAACAAGAUGUAAAGAUAAUAUCAGUUACGGUUGGUGAUAAUGUUGAUGAAGAUAAGUUUAAUGAACUUUCGAGUAAAAACAAAACGAUCCAACACGAUGAUGAACGAAAAUCCAAGGAUACUGCUGAUAGAAUAGACGAGGAGAUUUUGAAAGAUCCAUGCAAUUCUAAACAAUGUGACGAAAAAGAACGCUGCGAGGUGAAAUUUGACGAUACAACGUCUUGUGCUCCUCGCGAAUUCCUAGACAUUGUGUUUGCCAUGGACGGUUCCAACAGUUUGACCAUUGAACAGUUUAACAAUCUUAAAACUUACGUGAAAGAAACCAUCAAGAAGUUUUCAGUAUCAAAAGACGAAACUCAUGUUGGAUUGAUAGAAUACAGUGAUACAGUCAAAGUUUUAUUGAAACUAAAUGAGAUCUUUGAUAAAGAUUCGUUGAAUGCCCUUGUUGACAGGAUCACGCCAUCCCGUGGGUCGAGAGCAGUCACUGAUAAAGUUUUGGCGGAUGCAGCAGAUGUGAUCUUUAGUGUAAACAAAGGUGGAAGACCUGGGGCUAGUAAAAUCUUGAUUAUACUGACUGAUGAGAGUGUACCAGGUAAAAAGCCUGCUAAAAAGCUGGUGGAACCACUGAAAAAAUCUGGAGUUCGUGUCUACGUGGUUACAACUGGAGAUAAAACAAGCAGUGAUGAAUAUGAAGAUGUCGUUCCGAAUGAGGAGAACGCAAAGCAUGUUCCAGAUACAAACGAUCUUCCCAAUCUCGCACCGUCCAUUGUAGAAAACAUCAAGAAAUAUAUCAAAAAACGAAAACCUCACGACAUGUUAGAUAUUGUGUUUGUACUUGGAUCAAGACCACCAAAUGCAUCCGAGAUAUUUAAAGAACAACAGAACAUUGCGGAUGCGAUGAUAAAUGAGCCAAAGACGGCUGAUACAUCAUACUCUAUAGUUCAAUACGGUAAGACAGCUGUACUACGGGCUCGUUUUGACACAUCGCGUUCAGAUGAAGAUACUGUAACACUCCUGAAAUCGUUGCGCUGGUUUGAAGAUGGAACUGCUCUUGAGGAAGGAAUUAAAGCUGCGGGUGACGCUCACGAUCAAGAUGGACGUAUUAAUGCCAGGAAAGUUGUCGUGGUGUUUUCAAAUGGCCCCGUUGCGCCAUCAGAAAUAAAACUAAAGGAUGUGUUGGAUCCUUUAGAAGAGAAGGGCAUCAAAGUGAUUUCUGUAGUACUAGGUGAUAUCGUGGAUCCAAAACUGAACAUAAUUGAAAAGGUUAUCAAACCUCAGGAAGACGAAGAGGAUCCUAACGGACCUGUCAAAGAGCAAGCAUUCAAAGAUCCAUGCUCUGCUGAGGAAUGUACACCGAGUGAAAGAUGUCAUGUGAAUUAUGGCGAUAAAGCAUUAUGCGUUCCAGCCGAGGUUGUUGAUCUGGUGAUUGCAUUGGAUGGUUCGGAAACUUUAAAACAAUAUGGAUUUGACAAGAUAAAAGAGCUUGCGAAGAACGUCCUGAAACGAUUUAUGAUCUCGAAGCGCGCAACACAUGUUGGACUUCUAGAAUUCAGCAAUGAAGUCACUCGUGUGCUACGUCUGAAUGAGCUUUAUGAUGUAAAUGAAAUUAAAGGUGUUAUAGACCGCAUUAGUCCUUCCGGUGGUGAUGGAACAGCAACGGAUGAACUGCUCAAAGAAGCAGCCAAUGAAAUGUUUGCAGUGCCUUCGGGUGGCCGAGCUGAUGCAGAGAAGGUUUUGAUAUUGAUCACAGACAGUAAGUCAACUGGAAAAGACUCACUCAAGGUUGCCGUGAAACCUGUUCACGAGAAAGGAGUUCUGGUGUAUGUUGUGGAUAUAGGAGACAAAACAGAUCCUAAAGAGCUUCGUGACCUCACACCCAGUGAGAGAGAGGUGAAGAAAGUGAAAAAUCCGGAUGAUGCGCCUAAAAUCUCAGAUGAUAUUGUCGAUGAUAUUCAAAGGGCUCUGAAAGAAAGAGUUAAUGAAAAAACGAAAGACGUUGUGUUCUUGGUUGGCGGCAGUUCAGUCUAUCAUUACAACACAGCAAUGGAACUUCUACCGAAAAUUGUUCAAGGACAACAAUCUUCAGAUACAUUGUUUGCAUUAAUCAGAUAUGCCAGCGUAGCAAGUCUUGAAGUUCCUUUCCAAACGAAAGAUAACUUUACAAGAAAUAUUGCUGAUAUUUACUGGACUGGAAAGGGAGAAACCUUGAAGGAUGGCUUAGAUUUAGUAUCCACUGUCUUCGUUGAAUAUGGUCGUCUUGAUUCAGAGAGGGUUCUUGUUGUAUUUGCUAGUAAUAAUGAUGAAACUCCAUCUAGUGAACUUAUCAAAAGCAAUGUGAAUUUAACGAAGAAUGGGAUCAAGGUUGUUCCAGUUGUGAUUGGUGAACCAGGUAAAGACAAUAAACUGACGGACAUUCAUCCGAAGAAAAAAAUGCCGUUGGUUAUUAAACCAGGAGAUGAUCCAAAAGACGGUUCAGAUAAAAUUAGUGAAGUUGUCUUUAAAGAUCCAUGCUUUGCGAAGAAAUGCGAAAACAAUGCAAAAUGUAAACCAUUACCAGAUGAUCAAACUGUUUGCAUUCCCCAAGAGGCUGUUGACGUGGUGUUUGCUAUAGAUGGCUCUGAAUCUUUGAAGAACGAUUUUGAUUACAUAAAAAAACUGGUGGUGAGAAUGCUCGACCGUUACAAGAUUUCACCAGAUGACUCUCAUGUUGGCGUUCUCGAGUUCAGCGAUUCAACAACCACAGAAAUACGUCUGGAUGCGGCAUAUGAUGUGGCAACCUUGAAGAAAAUUGUCUCUGAAAUUAGACCUUCAGAGGGUGAGAAUGUUAAUAUCGACAAAGCUCUUCAUGAGGCGAGGAGGAUGUUUACAGUAAAAUACGGUGGCAGAGCUGGUUAUCCAAAAAUAUUACUUCUCAUUACUGGAUCUAAGUCAGAUGGAACGGAGUCUUUGAAAGAAGCAGUUCAACUUUUGAAACAAGAAGGAAUACAGUUGGUAGUUAUUGCUGUGGGAAAUAACACCGAUCCCGAACUACCUGCAGUUACACCACAUGUUGACAAGGUCGAUGAUCCGGAAGACUUACCAGAGAAGGCUGACGAUCUAGUCGAUAAGAUCAAUAAUGAAGUGGAAGAAGAACAAAAGAAAAAGAAGAAUGUCUUGGUGGAUGUCAUCUUCGCUCUUGGCUCGAUGGGCAAGGAUGCCGAGUUACUCUUUGAACGUCAAAAAAAAAUAACAUCGAGUAAGAUUGACAAACAAACGUUCCCUGAUACCAAAUAUGGUCUUAUUGUCUACGGUGAUAGCGCGAAAACGCAGCUGACGAUCAAUAAUGAUCUGAGCAACAAUGAAGUAAAGAAUCAGGUGAAAGAACUCACUUGGACCUCAGCAGGAACUCGACUCAACCUCGCACUGACUAGAGCUUACGCUAUGUUUAAAAAGGACGGUCGCUCAGGCGCACGACGACAGUUAAUCAUAUUCAUCACUGGGAAGGACGAUACCAUAACAGACGAAGUGAGGAAUGCCGCCGAGAAACUUGAAGAGUUGGACGUGAAAGUGAUCUAUAUUAAAAUGGGAGAUGUGGAUGACUUCAGUCAUCCGCCUAGUAAGAAUGUUAUCACUGAUCGUGGAACUGACGAACCCGAUAAAGUGGCCGAAUUUGUUUCCGAGAAGUCUGACAAAAAUCCAUGUGCAGCUGUAAACUGUAAAAAUUACGCUGAAUGUAAAGUUUCAUCUGACGACCAAACAGGAUGUUUAUGCCGAAAGACUUGUGGCAAUGAACCGUAUCCUGUUUGUGGUAGCAAUCGUGUGACAUAUCCAAACCUUUGCAGCCUGAAACGUGAUUCUUGCGUCAAGCAAGAGCUUAUCUCUGUUAAACAUUCUGGUUCUUGCAAACUUUUACUUGAUCUCGUGUUCGCCUUGGACGGAUCAGAGAGGUUGGCUAAGAAAGGUUUUGAAAGGAUAAAAGAUCUUGUUAAAGCAAUGGUCGAUAACUAUACCAUCUCCGAAACUGAAACUCAUGUUGGUAUAAUAGAGUUCAGCGAUAAAGCUAACGUAAUUCUGCCACUUAAUAAACUGUUUAAACCAACUUCAAUCAAGGAUCAAGUCCAACGUAUCAUUCCAUCUGGUAGUAAAGACAGGGUCACUGACGAAGCCUUACGAAAGUCUGCUGAUAAUGUGUUUGACGCAAAGUCAGGAGGUAGACCUGGAGCUUCAAAAGUUCUAAUAAUAAUUACAGAUGGCAAAUCAACAGGCAAAGAACCACCUAAACAUGCUGUAAAACCUGUGAAAGAAAAGGGAGUUCGAGUUUAUGUUGUAAAUAUUGGAGACGAUACUGACAAGGACGAACUGAAGGAUAUCGUUCCAACAGAUGAAAAUAUUUACCCUGUAAAGAAUCCAGACCAAGCUCCGAGUGUCGCUCCUAAAUUGGUAGAGGAUAUUAAGGAAGAUCUCAAGAGAGAAAAACGUCUGGAUGUUAUUUUCGUGAUGGGAUCUGCAAAGCCACAGGCUGGAGAUAAUUUUGAUGAAGAGAAGGAGAUUGUUAUCAAUCUAAUUAAGACACCGAAAGACGCAAAUGUUAAAUAUGGUAUUGUCCAGUUUGGUAAAAUGGCUGAGACGAAGAUUCCGCUCGGCAGCGAAGAUGACGAAAGAAAACUUGAGGAGUUUGUGCGAAUAUUGCACUGGCAGGAAGAAGGAAAAUCGUUGGAUGAAGGAAUAAAAAAAGCUGCGGUGGAAUUCAAAAUAAACGGCCGCCCGAAUGCUCGUAAAGUAUUGGUUGUCUUCGUUGAUGGAAAGGAUGCCAGCAGUAAAGAUGAUUUAGCUCAAGUUACAAGACCUUUGAGAAAUAAAGAUGUUGAAAUUAUUCCAGUUCCCGUGGGAGACAUAGAUGAGGACAAGAUAAAGGUUUUGGUCCCUAAGAACAAAAAACCUAUAAAAGGAAAAAAUCCAAAGGAACUAAGUGAACAAGUUGCGGAAGAAGCUUUCAAUGACCGUUGUUUCGCUGAGGCGUGUAAAUAUUGUAUCGCUAAGCCUGAUGGUUCUACAACAUGUGACCAUACCGACAUCAUUGAUCUUGUAUUUGCCAUCGAAGGAACAAGAAGAAUGAGUGAAGAUGGUUUUGAUGAAGCAAAACUUUUCAUUAAGAAGAUGAUAGAUGAAUACGCAAUAUCUGAACCUGGAGCACACGUUGGAAUUGUUGAGUACAGUGACGAGCCUUCAAUAAAACUUCGUCUGAACGAAAUGUUUGAUGAAAACUUGAUAAACAACAAGAUAGAUGAAAUGAGACCAUCAGAGGGAGAGAGUGCCAAUCUCGAUAAAGCACUGGAAAAAUCUGUCGAUGAAAUGUUUGGUGUUAAAUUGGGAGGUCGUCCAUCAGCUAAAAAGAUUCUUGUUGUUAUUGCUGCGAGUAAUACGACUGCUAAAGAAGCGUUGAAGAAAGCUGCUAAACCAUUGAAAGAACGAGGUGUUCGAGUUUAUGUCGUACCUUUAGGGAAAGAUUCAGAUCCAAAAACUCUUGUUGUUCUUGUACCAGAUGAAACAAAGCCUCCAAAGAAAGUGAAGACAUCGUCGCUUCCGGAUUAUUCAAAGAAACUAUCAACAGUUGUAGACGAUGACGUCUCUAAAAAGAUAAAAGAAAAAUCAGCUGUCGAUCUGGUCUUCGUAUUUGGAUCCAAUGGAAAACAGGCUGUGACUUUGUUUAACCAAGAAAAAGAAAUCGCUAAGAAAAUGGUCGACAACGAGAAACUGAAGGAUAUUCUUUAUGGGACAAUUGUUUAUGGAAAUGAGGCUUCUGUGAAAUCGAAAUUCAACGAUUUCACGGACGAAACGGAUGUGAAAAAUUUUAUUGAUUCUCUUUCGUGGGAAGAUGAUGGGCAGAAGCUAGAUCAAGCGCUUGUAGAAGCCAAUGAACUUUUCAAAGAUUAUGGUCGACCUAAAGCUCGUAAAAUAACAGUUGUCUUUGUUACUGGCGAGGCAGAUGCUACAACAAGUGAACUGAAGAGAGCAGCCAAGAAAUUAAAUGAUAAUGAAGUGAAGAUAGUCGUAGUGAAGCUAGGAACAGAUCCUGAUGAUGAACAGUUGAAAGUAAUAACACCAGAGAAAAAUAUCGUGAAAAAGAAGAAGACAGUUAAACCGAAAGAGUUAGCCGGAUUUAUUGAAGAAGUUGUCAAGAAAGAUCCUUGUGCGGCUCGUGAUUGCGAACAUGGUGCCAAAUGUGUCGCAAACGCGGAUGAUUCUACAAUUUGUACUUGUCCUGAAACUUGCCCAACGACUAGAAAAUCUGUGUGUGGUUCCGAUGAUGUCACAUACAAGAAUGAAUGUGAAAUGCUUCGUAAAAUGUGUAAAGAAGGAAAAUCUGGAAAAGUGAAGAAGAUUGGCGCUUGUGUUUUCAAAAAACCGCUUGACUUGGCCUUCCUGAUUGGUUCCGCUGGAAAGGACGCCGAGAAAUCUUUCAACGAUAGUAAGAAAAUACUCAAGAAAAGUUUGGAGUCAUUCGAAGUUUCAAAACUAAAAACACAUGUGGCUGUUGUCGACUACAGUGGUAAACCCGCUGUGAAGAUUCCGUUUAAAUCUGGAGAUGAUCUUGUUGCUGUGAAAGAAAGUGUUACAAAUCUUCCUCUUGGGAAAGGUGGAAAUCUUGAAGAUGGUAUAAAACUAGUGGCAAGCCAACUCUUUACUGCAAAAUAUGGUUCGCGACCAACAGCGAGGAAGAGUCUGGUAAUAAUCACCAACCAAGAUGAUAUUCCUGCAGUUGAGAAAGAGAAGAAAAAACUUAAAGACAAAGGUGUUAAGGUGGUUGUUUUGGGGCUUGGCGACAAGAUUAAACCUGAAAAGGCCAAAAAGCUACCGUCCACUCCUCAUUUGUUAGAAGUGGCUAAGUCGAUGAAAGAGAAACCAGAAGUUGUUGAUGAGUUAGUUGAGAAAGUAACGCAAGAGUUCAAGAGUUGCAAGGACGUCAAAUCUAGUGGUGCAACUGAAGAUGGCGUAUAUUUACUUCACAUCAGCAAAAAAUGCAAGGACCCUAUUAAAGUUUAUUGUCAUGGUUUAUCCGGGAAUGAACCUAAGGAGUACCUGGAUCUUCCUGCCGGUGAGAGCAGAAACUAUGCGAUCGUGUACGAUCGACAAUUACCGACAUCUCCUGUUACAGCCCGAUUCCAGUGCGAUGGAGAAGACAGCAGCAACGUUUACCGUAACCACGGCAAGACAUAUUUUUCAAAGAUAAGAUUAAACGUUGAAGAUCUUACGGUUAUUCAAGACGAUUAUGAAUUUGCGAACAGUUCUGUUAGCGGUAGAUCUGUACGCUAUGGUACGGCUGGUGAUUGUUUCUCAAUGAAUCCUGGGAACUGUCGUAAAGGUAGUUUCUUGAUUGACCUGUCGGGUACUGGUUUAAAGGUUAAUGACAUGGUAAGAUGGGAUAACCAAGGGUAUCCUUCAGACAUCAAGAUACAGGAAUUCACGAAGGAAAAACAUGGAAUGAUUAUCUCAGCAAAAUGUGGUGGAUGGUGCGGUAGAUGUACCCCGGUUGGUUCAUUGGUUUUACAACAAGUCUGUAGCAUUCCUGAAGCUUGCCAGGAUCCUGUUGACCUUGGUUUCGCCCUGGACGGCUCAAGUAGUGUUUCAAGCUCCGAAUUUAAUUCCAUGUCGCAACUUGUGUCCACCACAGUUGGAUUCUUUGAAAUAUCCGAUCUUUCAACACGCGUUGGCGUUAUGGAGUACAGUGAAACUGCGAAAGUCUGGAUCAGAUUGAAUGACCUUUAUAAUAGAACUGAGUUUAAGGCUGCUUUAUCAGAAAUCGUGACCACCAAUGGAGCAACGCACUUCGAAAAACCUUUGAAGGAAGCCAUUUCAAUGUUCAGGCCGCGCAAUGGUGGAAGGGAUCAUCUUCCAAAUGUGUUCACACUCUUUACAGAUGGAAACUCAAACGUUGAAUUCCAGGAGGCAGCAAAUGAAUUGAAAAGAACUGGUACAACAGUAAUUGUGGUUGGAAUCGGCAAGUAUGUAAGAGAAGAUCAGUUGAAAAUUAUCGCUAGCCCUGGAUAUGUCUUGAGAACUUCGUCGUUCAAGGAACUGGCAGAUAUUGCUGGUCAAUUGUCAUCGCUGGCGUGUAAAGAUCCAUGCUCCACUGUCCAUUGUGACUUCUACGGCGAAUGUUCGGUGAAUAAUGAUGGAACGACUGCCUGCAAGUGCCCUGUUAAAUGUCCAAAGAAAGUUGAUUACGUAUGUGGCAGUGAUGGUCGAAAUUAUGAAAACGAUUGCUUAUUACGUCUUGAAGCUUGUACGAGAAAGAAAAGAUUAUCCGUUACCAAUCUAGGCAAAUGUGGAUUGUGUUCAAACACAUCUUGUCCAGUUUAUUCUAAAUGCGCAUUGAAGGAUGACGGAACAACGGAAUGUAUCUGCCCAACAUUAAGCAAUUGUCCAAAAGAAAUGAAAGCAGUCUGUGGGAAAGACGGAGUAACCUACAUAAACGACUGUUUCCGGAAAGUUCGAAGUUGUAAACGAAAGAAAGAUAUUCGAAUGGCACAUCCUGGAGCAUGUGAUAUAUGCAAGGCUAAGAAAUGUUCGCUGUACAGUAAGUGUUUCGUUGACAAUCAAGGAAAACCAAGAUGCAAAUGUCCGGAUGAACGCGCUUGUCCACAAUUCGCUGAUGCAGUUUGUGGUACGGAUGGUGAGACAUAUCUCAACGACUGUGUGAUGAAAGCAAGAUCUUGCAAGAAAGGUGUUUUAGUGGAGAAGACUAAAGAUGAAGCAUGUGAUGUAUGUACGUUUGUAAAGAGCUGUAAAAACUACGCUAAAUGCGUGGCGAAUGUUGACAAGACUGUGAAAUGCGUUUGUCCUGUGAAGGAAGAAUGUCCGCCCUCUGUGAGGAAGAUUUGUGCCUCUAAUGAUAGAACGUACGAGAGUGAGUGUGCAAUGAAAGUUGAGGCAUGUAAGAAGAAAAUACCAUUGACGAAGAAGCAUGAUGGACCGUGUGGCGAAUGUCAGUCAACAGAUUGUCACAGAUAUGCCACAUGUGAGACGAAUGACGAUGGUAGCGCCGUAUGUAAAUGUCCAGAGAAAUCAUCCUGUCCACUGGAAUCCGAUCCAGUGUGUGGUACUGACGGUCAGACUUACCCCAACGAAUGUGAGCUGAAGGCAGCAGUUUGUAAGAGUGGAAAACCAACUUUACCUCGUCAUAAAGGGAAAUGCGGUUUGUGUUCAACGAUGAACUGUGAAGAUUAUGAAAGUUGUAAAGAGGUGAACGGCAACGCUGUGUGUGGAUGUGCUUCAGUUCAGUCUUGUCCUCGAGAUGUGAAAAUCGUUUGUGGCAGCGAUGGGAAAUCGUAUUUGAAUAAAUGCAGAAUGAAACUCGAAGCUUGUAAGAAGAAUAUUCCAAUUGUAAAACGCCAUGACGGGGUUUGCGAUCCAUGCGCAGUAUCCAGCUGCAGAAACAAUGGAACUUGCAGCCUUAAAGAAGACGGUUCAACGACCUGCGCAUGUCCACUUGCUGAAGAUUGCCCUGAAACUACGAGACAAGUGUGUGGAAGUAACAGACAGACAUUCAAGAAUGAAUGCCAUCUUCGAGUGACUGCUUGUAAAUUAGGAACACCGAUCUAUGUGAAGAAACCUGGAGUGUGCUCGCCAUGCGCAUUUGCAAGCUGUAAGAACAAAAGGACAUGUUCUGUAAAAUCUGACAGAACCGUAGAGUGCAGUUGCCCCACUAGCUGUCCAACAACAAGAAACCCAGUAUGUGGAACUGAUGGCAAUACAUAUCCAACUCAAUGUCAUCUCGAGAAGAAAUCCUGUGAGAAGAAAGAAUUUUUGGAAGUGGAAAAACAAGGAGAAUGCGAUGCUUGUUCUAAAGUGAAAUGUCACAGUGAUUCGGAAUGCGUCGUUGAGAACAAUGGUAAGACCUCAUGCAAGUGUAAAGAACCAAGCAGAUGUCCAGCGACCGUCAAGGAAGUUUGUGGUACGGACGGCAAAACCUACAAAAACAAAUGUUUGGUCAAAGCUGCCUCGUGCAAAGGACCAAAACGAAUCAAAGUGGCUAGAGAUGGACCUUGUGGGUUUAUCGAAGGCUUCUGUUCUCUUAAGAACUGCAAACAUGGCGCUCAUUGUAAUCCCAAAGGGAAGUGUGCGUGUCCUAAGAUGGACGACUGUCCUCCUGACCCACGAAGCGUUUGCGGAACUGAUGGAAAUACUUAUAAGAACCAAUGUCAUCUUGAGGUCUCAGCCUGCAAGAAACAAAUCCUUAUUGAAGCUAUCAAAGUUGGAGUCUGUGAUGCGUGUUCCGAUAAGAAUUGUUCAAACAACGGUAAAUGUGUGGCAAUGCAAGGAAGUGAAUCAAAAUGUAAAUGUCCAAAACUGAGUGACUGUUCUCGUAAGAUUGAGCUCCUGUGUGGCAAAGCAGACGAAGAAACGUAUAUUAAUCAUUGUGCGCAGAAAGUACAUGCCUGUCGAAAGCAGAAACCAUCUGGUGUCCUGGUAGAAGACUAUUGUUCUGUCUGUUCUUUGGUGAAAUGUCCUUUCAACGGCGUGUGUACUCCGAUGGAAAAUGGUGGAGUGAAAUGUUCCUGUAUAACGGGAUGUCCCCGAAUAAAGGAUGUGGUCUGCGCUAAUGAUGGAAAGCAAUACUACAGUGAAUGUGCUAUGAAGAAGUGGAGUUGUGAAAACAAGAAGCCGCUUAAGAUUGUGCAUAAAGGAUUUUGUGGAACGAAAGCCAACUACGAUCUGAAAUUCACAGGCAGGAAAAAAGAUUUCGUGGAAUUCAAGGACUUGCCGAAAUUGAAAGAAGUUACUGUUGCAUUCUGGGUGAAGACAAAUGAUCAAACGAAGAAAGGGACGAUAUUCUCGUACUCAGUUUCUGGAAAACGUAAUGCUCUGAGCUUGGCCGAUUCAAAUGCUUUGCGACUCUAUAUAAAUGGUGAUGACAAAGAUGGAGUACACAAAAAAACCGGCGUGAUGGUCAAUGAUGAUAUAUGGCAUCAAAUAACAAUGACCUGGCGAAACAGUGACGGUUCAUGGAGAUUAUUCAAGAACAGCAAACUUACUGCAAGCGGGCGUGACUUCCAAAAAGGCGUGGUCAUCCCAGCUGGUGGUAUAUUAACACUCGGUCAUCAGCAGGAGGAACCUGGGUACCGCUAUGAUCUAAAUUGGGCCUAUAUUGGAGAUAUAAGUCAUUUCAAUGUUUGGUCAAAGGAACUACCGCUGAGAGAGAUUACUGCUUUGGCGGAGUCCUGCGGAGCAGUGAGACGUGGUGAUGUAGUCACGUGGUGUGAUGCAAAGAAGAUGGUGUUUGGUGACGUUAAGUUGGUUGCACCAUCAGUUUGUCCGAAUAAUACAGAUGACCCUUGCUGUGGUGGAACUUGUUCUCAAUUCAUGAAGUGUGCUGUAAGAAACGACAGUAGCCCCGUUUGUGUUUGUCAAGAUAUGGAUGACUGUCCUGAAGAUCAAGACUUGGUUUGUGGAAGUGAUGGAAAGACUUAUGGUAACAAAUGUCUUAUGAAAACUGCGGCUUGCAAAGAAAUGAAAGCGAUUGAAGUCGUCGCUAACAGAGAAUGCGAUGCAUGCACUGAGACCAAUUGUGAAUUUUACGCGUCGUGUGAACUUGGGGUGGAUGGAAAACCUAAAUGCGUUUGCCCGAAAAUAGAAGACUGUCCAGCAGUAAUCAAACCAGUUUGUGGUAGUAAUGGCAAGUCUUAUAUCAAUGAAUGUCGUCUGAAAGUUGAUUCCUGCAAAAAGAAAAGGAACAUACGUUUGGUGAAGGAAGGAAUUUGUGAUCAUUGUAUGCUUAGCAAUUGCCCAUUCUACGGCGCGUGCACAGUUGAUCAGCAAGGCUCGACCCAGUGUAGCUGCCCAGAGUCAUUUUCCUGUCCUGGAGGAACAAUCUGUGCCUCGAAUGGUCUGACUUAUUCCGAUGAAUGCAAAAUGAAGGAAUAUUCCUGCGCAAAUGAGCAAGACUUGGUGGUUGUUCAUAAGGGAGCUUGUGAUGCUUGUUCAGAGCAUAAAUGUGAGGCGCUUAGCAAGUGUAAAGCUGUGGACGGUCAACCCAAGUGUGUCUGUCCUGAAAUCAAAGACUGUCCAACAUCAGGACCAAGUGUUUGUGGGAGUAAUGACAAACCAUAUCCAAGCGAAUGCCACCUUCUAGUUGAUGCUUGCGUCAGAAGACGAGCCUUGUAUGUUGUUGGCAAUGGAACUUGUGAUCUUUGUUCUAAGAAAAUGUGCAAGUUCUACUCUAAGUGUGAAGUGGAUUCUAGCAACCAAGCUCACUGUGUUUGCUCGAAAGCAAAAUGCCCCAAAACCCGAGAACCAGUCUGUGGAGACGAUGGCAAGACCUACGACAGUCUUUGUGCUAUGAAGGGUGAAUCGUGUUCAAAACAGAAGCCUAUUAAAAUGAAGAAUCAAGGAGUUUGCGGAAUCAUUGAAAACUCGUGCACGUUGAAAACUUGCAAACAUUACGCUGUCUGCAAGAAAGGUAAAUGUGAAUGCCCGAAAACUGAAGAAUGUCCGCAGUACUUAGAACGCAUUUGUGCUAGCGAUGGACAAAUUUACAAAAAUGAAUGUCAUAUGAAGACUGAAUCAUGUAAACUGGGCAAGACCUUGAUUGAUGUGGGCAUGGAGAAAUGCUCGCUGUGUCUCUUCGCCAGAUGCGCCCUUAAUGGUUUAUGUGUGUCGAAAGACGAUGGAACAACAAUCUGCCAAUGUCCUGAUCCGAAGUCAUGUCCUGCAGAGUUCAGUCGAGUUUGCGGGACAAAUGACAAGACUUACAACAACACAUGUCAUAUGAAAGUUGACGAGUGUCGAAAAAACCAAGUUAUUGGUAUUGCCAAACGGGGCCCUUGUGAAAAAGUUGUCAAGUACUUCAAAGGAACGUCAUACAUGCAAUUUGCUACACCACUACGAAUGAUUGGAACCUUAACCAAUGUCGAAUUUAGCAUCAGACCUCUGCAGGAAAACGGCAUUUUGUUUUUCGCCGACGAUAAGAGAGUCGAUGAUUUCAUUGCCCUGGUCUUAAAUAACGGAUAUCUCGAGUUUAGAAUGAAUCUUGGUGAUGGACUGGCGAGUAGGAAGAGUAAGAAUCAGUUGGAAAUGAACAAAUGGUACCACAUUAAAGUAACAAGAAAGGACAAAAUCGCAGAAAUUUUGAUCAACGAGAAAGAUAAAACAACGAUCAUUGCUCCAAAGAAUUACACAAUCCUAAACAUUGGCGAUAAAUUGUAUUUUGGUGGAAAAGACAAAAUAUCAACUCGCGCAAAACGCAAACUCGGCAUCACAGAUGGUUAUGUUGGUUGUCUUAAAGACCUAAAGAUAAGUUUUGUUGAGUAUGAUCUUCUGUAUCCCGGAGCACACAUUAUAAAAGAAAGAAACAUCGAAAAAUGUCCUGGAGAUCCAUGCAACACUCGACCAUGUGAAAGCUCAGCACAAUGCAAAUAUGAUCCAAAUAUGGGAGACACUUACAUUUGUUUGUGUCCAGAGGGCUUUGUUGGUAAAAGAUGUCAAGCGGAAGACAAACCUGUGCACUUAAAUGGAGCAGAUUCGUUUGCUGAGUUAGACGUAUUCCGAGAUAAAUCGAAGUUUGCAGUCUCGAUGAAUAUCAGGCCCGACACGAAAGACGGAAUGAUACUUUAUGGUCAGGACGUAAAGUCGUCAGACUUUGUCAGUAUCGGCCUCAAAAAUGGUUUUGUUGAAGUGAGUCUCGAUGCGGGACAGGGAAAACUGACAGUGAAAAGUAAACAGGUCGUCUCUUUAUUGGACUGGCAUACCAUUAAAGUAACUCGUAACAAGAAGUUAGUGAGGUUGAUUGUUGAUAAACAGGAUGUUGUCGAGGGCACGUUACCAAAGACGUUCUCCCAGAUAUAUCUGGGAACUGCGAUGACUAUUGGCGAACCGAAACAGCCCGUAAUACGAAUCUCUGCUCGAGAACGCAGUGGUUUGAAAUAUGCAUUCUUUACUGGUUGUAUAAAAAAUUUGGUGAUUGACGAUCAUUCCAUUAACUUUAACGCAACCAAUGGAGAUACACUGGAUCAGAAAAAUCUUCUCCCAUGCUCCCCCUGUAUUGGCAAUCCUUGUGGUGACCAUGGGACAUGUAUACCACGGGCUGAUCAUACAUUCACCUGCAGAUGCGAUGGUAGAUACUCUGGGAAAUUCUGUGAUAAUACAGAACGAGUUGCAUACUUUACAGAAGAAGGUUCAAUGUUAGUGCUUGGAAUAAAGAAGGGAUAUGUUGAUUUUGAUAUGUCCUUUAAAAUCAGACCUCAAGUUAAAACAGCUCCGCUUGCAAUUGCCUUCGGGAAGACUGAUUAUAUUUCCAUUGCAAUAAGAGAAGGCGUCGUCGAGGCGAGAAUUAACGCGGGAAGUGGUGAAAGUCUUGCUACCAGUUCUAACUCAAUUGAUUUGCAUAAAUGGCAUAAAAUCCGAUUGGCGCGGGACUCGAAACAAAUGCAACUUUAUGUCGACGAUCAAGAGGUUGUUACUCAGCCAAACGCGGGCAAAUUCACGAACAUUAAUCUCAAGGAAAUAAUGUAUAUUGGAACUGUUUAUACUGAUGACGAAACCCUGCCUGACAGAGUCAAUGGCCGUGAUCAUUCAGAGUUGAAAGAAGACUUCCAAUUCAUCGGCUGUAUGGCAAAUGUAACGCUGAAUGGAAAACGUCUGGACUUAAGUUACCCUGGUGAUGACGUAAAGAAAGAAAGAUUAGUAACUGAGUGUACCUCGUGUUCACCAUCACCGUGUAAGCACAAUGGAACGUGCGUCCCCCAACCUGGUUUAACCUACUCAUGUCGCUGUACAUCAAGCUUCACUGGCUCAGUUUGUGACGUUCCUGGUUGCGCUGUUGGGGCUCUGGAUCUAGCCUUUGUACUGGACGAUUCAGGAAGUGUUGACGAUAAUGAAUUUAGUGACGUCAUCCAAUUUGUUACAUACAUGAUCGAUGCCUUCCCUGGGAUCUCCGCGACUGGUACACGUGUAGGCGUGGUGAUGUUUAGCACCGACGCGGAAAUUGCAAUUUCUUUUGAUCGCUACUAUGAACGCAGACAACUUAUUGAUGCUGUGGAAAGCCUCGCAAGAAUACGUGGAAAGACGUUCAUCAACGAGGGACUUGAUAAGGCUGAUGAGUUAUUCACUUCGGCACGAGGUAGUCGAACGGAUGCCUCAAAGGUUUUAGUGCUUAUGACAGAUGGUAAAAGCAAAGGAAAUGUCGUUCCACCUGCACAGCGGUUAAGAAAUAAGGGUGUUCGUAUCAUCGUGGUUGGUGUCGGUAAUGUUGAUCCAGCGCAGCUACAACAGAUCGCUGGAGUAGAAGAAAACGUGUUUAUUGUACCAACUUUCAAGGGUUUGGAGCCAGUGAUAGCGAAACUUAUUCCUGCGUCAUGUCCUCGACCUAAUAGGCCUUGAAUGAGCCAAGCAAAUCAAAUAUGAAAUUUAGUAUAGUUAAGUUAGAAUAGACGUGUUUUGCAUUACGUUUCCUUUGACCAUUGCUAUUUAAGUAUUAUUAAGGAAUAACACUAAAACAUACAAAUACACUUAAUUUUCACAGUUGUUAGAAUCGUGUUGUAUUUUAUAAAAGAUCAUUUUACCAAAAUAUAAUGUGUGUACAGUCAAACCAUA